GGUUGAGUUGUCUUACAAUGUUAUGAAAUAGCUCCUUUUUUCAGGUAAGGGUUGGGUUCUGCCAUUGAUUGAUGCCUUUGCUGAGGGUGUGGCAGCCUCUUAAGCUCAUAGAUCCGCCGUCCCUGGCAUUAGAUGUGUCCACCACCCUUGGAAGGUUUGCAAAGGUAGACUUGGGGGACAGCAGCCGAUCUCAGAGGCCUUGGAAGAUGGACUGGAGGCUCCACUCAGUCCAGCAUUUUCUCAGGAAUAUAUUUAUCAUCUUGAUGGUUUCCUUCCACCUGUGGGCAGCACCAGUUUCACUGCCGACUCCACUUACUUCCACCAAGAGUGGAGCGGGGACCUCAGCUGAAGAAACUGCCGCAUCACUAAGAAGUAGCAGAACACCUAAUGAUAGCACAGAGGAAACAUCAAGCCCACCUCCAGGAACUUCAGUUACAGAAAUGGGAAAGACGACAGCUGAAACCACGGUUUCUCAGUCUUCUCCAGGUACAUCCACCAAGAGCGAAGAGCAGACCUCAGCUGAAGAAAUUGCCACAUCACCAACAAGCAGCGGAGCCCCUACAGAGAGGAUAGAGGAAACAUCAAGCCCACCUCCAGCAACUUCAGUUACCGAAAUGGGAAAGAUGACAGGUGAAACAACGGUUUCUCAGCCUUCUCCAAGUACAUCCACCAAGAGCGUAGAGCAGACCUCAGCUAUGGAAACUUUCCCAUCACCAAGAAGUAGCAGAACCCCUACAGAGAGCAUAGAGGAAUUGUCAAGCCCACCUCCAGCAACUUCAAUUACCGAAACGGGAAAGACGACAACUGAAACAACAGUUUCUCAGCCAUCUCUAGGUACAUCCACCAAGAGCGUAGAGGAGACCUCAGGUAUAGAAACUUCCCAAUCACCAAGAAGUAGCAGAACCCCUACAGAGAAGAUAGAGGAAACGUCAAGCCCACCUACAGCAACUUCAGUUACCGAAACGGGAAAGACGAGAGCUGAAACAACCGUUUCUCAGACUUCUCCAGGUACAUCCACCAAGAACGUAGAGGAGACCUCAGCUACAGUAACUGCUGCAUCGCCAACAAGCAACGGAGCCCCUACGGAGAGCAUAGAGGAAAUGUCAAGCACACCUCCAGCAACUUCUGUUACCGAAACAGGAAAGACGAGAGCUGAAACAACGGUUUCUCUGCCUUCUCCAAGUACAUCCACCAAGAGCGUACAGCAGACCUUAGCUAUAGAAACUUUCCCAUCACCAAGAAGUAGCAGAACCCCUACUGAUAGCACAGAGGAAACGUCAAGCCCACCUCCAGCAACUUCAAUUACCGAAACGGGAAAGACGAGAGCUGAAACAACGGUUUCUCUGCCUUCUCCAAGUACAUACACCAGGAGCGUAGAGCAGACCUCAGCUGAACAAACUGAUGCAUUACAAACAAGCAGCGGAGCCCCUACAGAGAGCAUAGAGGAAACGUCAAGCCCACCUCCAGCAACUUCAGUUAUCAAAAUCGGAAAGACGAGAGCUGAAAAAACGGUUUCUCAGCCUUCUCCAGGUACAUCCACCAAGAGCGUAGAGCAGACCUCAGAUAUAGAAACUUCCCAAUCACCAACAAGCAGCGGAACCCCUACGGAGAGUAUAGAGGAAACGUCAAGUUCACCUUCAGCAACUUCAGUUACCGAAACGGGAAAGAUGACAGCUGAAACAACGUUUUCUCAGACUUCUCCAGGUACAUCCACCAAGAGCGUAGAGGAGACCUCAGAUAUAGAAACUUCCCAAUCACCAACAAGCAGCGGAGCCCCUACAGAGAGCAUAGAGGAAACAUCAAGUCCACCUGCAGGAACUUCAGUUACCGAAACGGGAAAGACGAGAGCUGAAACAAUGGUUUCUCAGACUUCUCCAGGUACAUCCACCAAGAGCGUAAAGGAAACCUCAGCUAUAGAAACUUCCCCAUCACCAAUAAGUAGCAAAACCCCUACUGAUAGCACAGAGGAAACGUCAAGCCCACCUCCAGCAACUUCAGUUCCUGAAAGGCAAAAUUCGACAGCUGAAACAUCAGUUUCUCAGGCUUCUCCAAGUACAUCCCCCAAGAGCGUAGAGGAAACCUCAGCUAUAGAAAUUUCCCCAUCACCAAUAAGUAGCAAAACCCCUACUGAUAGCACAGAGGAAACGUCAAGCCCACCUCCAGCAACUUCAGUUACCGAAACGGGAAAGACGAGAGCUGAAACAACCCUUUCUCAGCCUUCUCCAAGUACAUCCACCAAGAGCGUAGAGCAGACCUCAGCUAUAGAAACUUUCCAAUCACCAAGAAGUAGCAGAACCCCUACUGAUAGCACGGAGGAAACGUCAAGCCCACCUCCAGGAACUUCAGGUACCAAAAUGGGAAAGACGAGAGCUGAAACAACGGUUUCUCAGCCUUCUCCAGGUACAUCCACCAAGAGCGUAGAGCAGACCUCAGCUGAAGAAACUGACGCAUCACAAACAAGCAGCAGAGCCCCUACUGAUAGCACAGAGGAAACGUCAAGCCCACCUCCAGCAACUUCAGUUACCGAAACAGGAAAGACGAGAGCUGAAACAACGGUUUCUCUGCCUUCUCCAAGUACAUCCACCAGGAGCGUAGAGCAGACCUCAGCUGAAGAAACUGCCACAUCACCAACAAGCAGCGGAGCCCCUACAGAGAGCAUAGAGGAAACAUCAAGUCCACCUGCAGGAACUUCAGUUACCGAAACGGGAAAGACGAGAGCUGAAACAACGGUUUCUCUGCCUUCUCCAGGUACAUCCACCAAGAGCGUAGAGCAGACCUCAGCUGAAGAAACUGACGCAUCACAAACAAGCAGCAGAGCCCCUACUGAUAGCACAGAGGAAACGUCAAGCCCACCUCCAGCAACUUCAGUUCCUGAAAUGCAAAAUACGACAGCUGAAACAAUGGUUUCUCAGGCGUCUCCAAGUACAUCCACCAAGGGCGGAGAGGAGACCUCAGGUAUAGAAACUUUCCCAUCAACAAGAAGUAGCAAAACCCCUAUUGAUAGCACAGAGGAAACGUCAAGCCCACCUCCAGCAACUUCAGUUACCGAAACGGGAAAGACGAGAGCUGAAACAAUGGUUUCUCCGCCUUCUCCAAGUACAUCCACCAGGAGCGUAGAGCAGACCUCAUCUGAAGAAACUGCCACAUCACCAACAAGCAGCGGAGCCCCUACAGAGAGCAUAGAGGAAACGUCAAACCCACCUCCUGGAACUUCAGUUACCGAAACGGGAAAGACGAGAGCUGAAACAACGGUUUCUCAGACUUCUCCAGGUACAUCCACCAAGAGCGUAGAGGAGACCUCAUAUAUAGAAACUUUCCAAUCACCAACAAGCAGCGGAGCCCCUACGGAGAGCAUAGAGGAAACGUCAAGUUCACCUUCAGCAACUUCAGUUACCGAAACGGGAAAGAUGAGAGCUGAAACAGCGGUUUCUCCGCCUUCUCCAAGUACAUCCACCAGGAGCGUAGAGCAGACCUCAUCUGAAGAAACUGCCACAUCACCAAAAAGCAGCGGAGCCCCUACAGAGAGCAUAGAGGAAACGUCAAGCCCACCUCCAGCAACUUCAGUUACCGAAACGGGAAAGACGAGAGCUGAAACAACGUUUUCUCAGCCUUCUCCAAGUACAUCCACCAAGAGCGUAGAGCAGACCUCAUCUGAAGAAACUGCCGCAUCACCAACAAGGAGCGGAGCCCCUACUGAGAGCAUAGAGGAAACGUCAAGCCCACCUCCAGCAACUUCAGUUACUGAAACGGGAAAGACGAGAGCUGAGACAACGGUUUCUCAGCCUUCUCCAAGUACAUCCACCAGGAGCGUAGAGCUGACCUCAGCUGAAGAAACUGACGCAUCACAAACAAGCAGCGGAGCCCCUACAGAGAGCAUAGAGGAAACGUCAAGCCCACCUCCAAGAACUUCAGUUACCGAAACGGGAAAGACGAGAGCUGAAACAACGGUUUCUCAGACUUCUCCAGGUACAUCCACCAAGAGCGUAGAGGAGACCUCAUAUAUAGAAACUUCCCAAUCACCAACAAGCAGCGGAGCCCCUACGGAGAGCAUAGAGGAAACGUCAAGUUCACCUUCAGCAACUUCAGUUACCGAAACGGGAAAGAUGACAGCUGAAACGUUUUCUCAGCCUUCUCUAGGUACAUCGACCAAGAGCGUAGAGGAAACCUCAGCUAUAGAAAUUUCCCCUUCACCAAUAAGUAGCAAAACCCCUACUGAUAGUACAGAGGAAAUGUCAAGCCCACCUCCAGGAACUUCAGUUACCGAAACGGGAAAGACGAAAGCUGAAACAACGCUUUCUCAGCCUUCUCCAAGUACAUCCACCAAGAGCGUAGAGGAGACCUCAGCUAUAGACACUUUCCAAUCACCAAGAAGUAGCAGAACCCCUACUGAUAGCAGAGAGGAAACAUCAAGCCCACCUCCAGCAACUUCAGUGAUCGAAACGGGAAAGACGAGAGCUGAAACAACGUUUUCUCAGCCUUCUCCAAGUACAUCCACGAAGGGCAUAGAGGAGACCUCAGCUAUAGAAACUGCCGCAUCACCAACAAGGAGCGGAGCCCCUACUGAGAGCAUAGAGGAAACGUCAAGCCCACCUCCAGCAACUUCAGUUACUGAAACGGGAAAGACGAGAGCUGAGACAACGGUUUCUCAGCCUUCUCCAAGUACGUCCACCAGGAGCGUAGAGCAGACCUCAGCUGAAGAAACUGACACAUCACAAACAAGCAGCGGAGCCCUUACAGAGAGCAUAGAGGAAACGUCAAGCCCACCUCCAGCAACUUCAGUUACCGAAACGGGAAAGACGAGAGCUGAAACAACGCUUUCUCAGCCUUCUCCAAGUACAUCCACCAAGAGCGUAGAGGAGACCUCAGCUAUAGACACUUUCCAAUCACCAAGAAGUAGCAGAACCCCUACUGAUAGCACAGAGGAAACGUCAAGCACACCUCCAGCAACUUCAGUUACCGAAACGGGAAAGACGAGAGCUGAAACAACCCUUUCUCAGGCUUCUCCAAGUACAUCCACCAAGAGCGUAGAGCAGACCUCAGCUAUAGAAACUUUCCAAUCACCAAGAAGUAGCAGAACCCCUACUGAUAGCAGAGAGGAAACAUCAAGCCCACCUCCAGCAACUUCAGUGAUCGAAACGGGAAAGACGAGAGCUGAAACAACGGUUUCUCCGCCUUCUCCAAGUACAUCCACCAGGAGCGUAGAGCAGACCUCAGCUGAACAAACUGAUGCAUUACAAACAAGCAGCAGAGCCCCUACAGAGAGCAUAGAGGAAACGUCAAGCCCACCUCCAAGAACUUCAGUUACCGAAACGGGAAAGACGAGAGCUGAAACAACGGUUUCUCAGACUUCUCCAGGUACAUCCACCAAGAGCGUAGAGGAGACCUCAUAUAUAGAAACUUCCCAAUCACCAACAAGCAGCGGAGCCCCUACGGAGAGCAUAGAGGAAACCUCAAGUUCACCUUCAGCAACUUCAGUUACCGAAACGGGAAAGAUGACAGCUGAAACGUUUUCUCAGCCUUCUCUAGGUACAUCGACCAAGAGCGUAGAGGAAACCUCAGCUAUAGAAAUUUCCCCUUCACCAAUAAGUAGCAAAACCCCUACUGAUAGUACAGAGGAAAUGUCAAGCCCACAUCCAGGAACUUCAGUUACCGAAACGGGAAAGACGAGAGCUGAAACAACCCUUUCUCAGCCUUCUCCAAGUACAUCCACCAAGAGCGUAGAGCAGACCUCAGCUAUAGAAACUUUCCAAUCACCAAGAAGUAGCAGAACCCCUACUGAUAGCAGAGAGGAAACAUCAAGCCCACCUCCAGCAACUUCAGUGAUCGAAACGGGAAAGACGAGAGCUGAAACAACGUUUUCUCAGCCUUCUCCAAGUACAUCCACGAAGGGCAUAGAGGAGACCUCAGCUAUAGAAACUUCCCAAUCACCAACAAGCAGCGGAGCCCCUACUGAGAGCAUAGAGGAAACGUCAAGCCCACCUCCAGCAACUUCAGUUACUGAAACGGGAAAGACGAGAGCUGAAACAACGUUUUCUCAGCCUUCUCCAAGUACAUCCACGAAGGGCAUAGAGGAGACCUCAGCUAUAGAAACUGCCGCAUCACCAACAAGGAGCGGAGCCCCUACUGAGAGCAUAGAGGAAACGUCAAGCCCACCUCCAGCAACUUCAGUUACUGAAACGGGAAAGACGAGAGCUGAGACAACGGUUUCUCAGCCUUCUCCAAGUACAUCCACCAGGAGCGUAGAGCAGACCUCAGCUGAAGAAACUGACACAUCACAAACAAGCAGCGGAGCCCUUACAGAGAGCAUAGAGGAAACGUCAAGCCCACCUCCAGCAACUUCAGUUACCGAAACGGGAAAGACGAGAGCUGAAACAACGCUUUCUCAGCCUUCUCCAAGUACAUCCACCAAGAGCGUAGAGGAGACCUCAGCUAUAGACACUUUCCAAUCACCAAGAAGUAGCAGAACCCCUACUGAUAGCACAGAGGAAACGUCAAGCACACCUCCAGCAACUUCAGUUACCGAAACGGGAAAGACGAGAGCUGAAACAACCCUUUCUCAGGCUUCUCCAAGUACAUCCACCAAGAGCGUAGAGCAGACCUCAGCUAUAGAAACUUUCCAAUCACCAAGAAGUAGCAGAACCCCUACUGAUAGCAGAAAGGAAACAUCAAGCCCACCUCCAGCAACUUCAGUGAUCGAAACGGGAAAGACGAGAGCUGAAACAACGGUUUCUCCGCCUUCUCCAAGUACAUCCACCAGGAGCGUAGAGCAGACCUCAGCUGAACAAACUGAUGCAUUACAAACAAGCAGCAGAGCCCCUACAGAGAGCAUAGAGGAAACGUCAAGCCCACCUCCAAGAACUUCAGUUACCGAAACGGGAAAGACGAGAGCUGAAACAACGGUUUCUCAGACUUCUCCAGGUACAUCCACCAAGAGCGUAGAGGAGACCUCAUAUAUAGAAACUUCCCAAUCACCAACAAGCAGCGGAGCCCCUACGGAGAGCAUAGAGGAAACCUCAAGUUCACCUUCAGCAACUUCAGUUACCGAAACGGGAAAGAUGACAGCUGAAACGUUUUCUCAGCCUUCUCUAGGUACAUCGACCAAGAGCGUAGAGGAAACCUCAGCUAUAGAAAUUUCCCCUUCACCAAUAAGUAGCAAAACCCCUACUGAUAGUACAGAGGAAAUGUCAAGCCCACAUCCAGGAACUUCAGUUACCGAAACGGGAAAGACGAGAGCUGAAACAACGCUUUCUCAGCCUUCUCCAAGUACAUCCAUCAAGAGCGUAGAGGAGACCUCAGCUAUAGACACUUUCCAAUCACCAAGAAGUAGCAGAACCCCCACUGAUAGCACAGAGGAAACGUCAAGCCCACCUCCAGCAACUUCAGUUACCGAAACGGGAAAGACGAGAGCUGAAACAACCCUUUCUCAGCCUUCUCCAAGUACAUCCACCAAGAGCGUAGAGCAGACCUCAGCUAUAGAAACUUUCCAAUCACCAAGAAGUAGCAGAACCCCUACUGAUAGCAGAGAGGAAACAUCAAGCCCACCUCCAGCAACUUCAGUGAUCGAAACGGGAAAGACGAGAGCUGAAACAACGUUUUCUCAGCCUUCUCCAAGUACAUCCACGAAGGGCAUAGAGGAGACCUCAGCUAUAGAAACUUCCCAAUCACCAACAAGCAGCGGAGCCCCUACUGAGAGCAUAGAGGAAACGUCAAGCCCACCUCCAGCAACUUCAGUUACUGAAACGGGAAAGACGAGAGCUGAAACAACGUUUUCUCAGCCUUCUCCAAGUACAUCCACGAAGGGCAUAGAGGAGACCUCAGCUAUAGAAACUGCCGCAUCACCAACAAGGAGCGGAGCCCCUACUGAGAGCAUAGAGGAAACGUCAAGCCCACCUCCAGCAACUUCAGUUACUGAAACGGGAAAGACGAGAGCUGAGACAACGGUUUCUCAGCCUUCUCCAAGUACAUCCACCAGGAGCGUAGAGCAGACCUCAGCUGAAGAAACUGACACAUCACAAACAAGCAGCGGAGCCCUUACAGAGAGCAUAGAGGAAACGUCAAGCCCACCUCCAGCAACUUCAGUUACCGAAACGGGAAAGACGAGAGCUGAAACAACGUUUUCUCAGCCUUCUCCAAGUACAUCCACGAAGGGCAUAGAGGAGACCUCAGCUAUAGAAACUGCCGCAUCACCAACAAGGAGCGGAGCCCCUACUGAGAGCAUAGAGGAAACGUCAAGCCCACCUCCAGCAACUUCAGUUACUGAAACGGGAAAGACGAGAGCUGAGACAACGGUUUCUCAGCCUUCUCCAAGUACAUCCACCAGGAGCGUAGAGCAGACCUCAGCUGAAGAAACUGACACAUCACAAAAAAGCAGCGGAGCCCUUACAGAGAGCAUAGAGGAAACGUCAAGCCCACCUCCAGCAACUUCAGUUACCGAAACGGGAAAGACGAGAGCUGAAACAACGCUUUCUCAGCCUUCUCCAAGUACAUCCACCAAGAGCGUAGAGGAGACCUCAGCUAUAGACACUUUCCAAUCACCAAGAAGUAGCAGAACCCCUACUGAUAGCACAGAGGAAACGUCAAGCCCACCUCCAGCAACUUCAGUUACCGAAACGGGAAAGACGAGAGCUGAAACAACCCUUUCUCAGGCUUCUCCAAGUACAUCCACCAAGAGCGUAGAGCAGACCUCAGCUGAACAAACUGAUGCAUUACAAACAAGCAGCAGAGCCCCUACAGAGAGCAUAGAGGAAACGUCAAGCCCACCUCCAAGAACGUCAGUUACCGAAACGGGAAAGACGAGAGCUGAAACAACGGUUUCUCAGACUUCUCCAGGUACAUCCACCAAGAGCGUAGAGGAGACCUCAUAUAUAGAAACUUCCCAAUCACCAACAAGCAGCGGAGCCCCUACGGAGAGCAUAGAGGAAACCUCAAGUUCACCUUCAGCAACUUCAGUUACCGAAACGGGAAAAAUGACAGCUGAAACGUUUUCUCAGCCUUCUCUAGGUACAUCGACCAAGAGCGUAGAGGAAACCUCAGCUAUAGAAAUUUCCCCUUCACCAAUAAGUAGCAAAACCCCUACUGAUAGCACAGAGGAAACGUCAAGCCCACCUCCAGCAACUUCAGUUACCGAAACGGGAAAGACGAGAGCUGAAACAACCCUUUCUCAGCCUUCUCCAAGUACAUCCACCAAGAGCGUAGAGCAGACCUCAGCUAUAGAAACUUUCCAAUCACCAAGAAGUAGCAGAACCCCUACUGAUAGCAGAGAGGAAACAUCAAGCCCACCUCCAGCAACUUCAGUGAUCGAAACGGGAAAGACGAGAGCUGAAACAACGUUUUCUCAGCCUUCUCCAAGUACAUCCACGAAGGGCAUAGAGGAGACCUCAGCUAUAGAAACUUCCCAAUCACCAACAAGCAGCGGAGCCCCUACAGAGAGCAUAGAAGAAACGUCAAGCCCACCUCCAAGAACUUCAGUUACCGAAACGGGAAAGACGAGAGCUGAAACAACGGUUUCUCAGACUUCUCCAGGUACAUCCACCAAGAGCGUAGAGGAGACCUCAUAUAUAGAAACUUCCCAAUCACCAACAAGCAGCGGAGCCCCUACGGAGAGCAUAGAGGAAACGUCAAGUUCACCUUCAGCAACUUCAGUUACCGAAACGGGAAAGAUGACAGCUGAAACGUUUUCUCAGCCUUCUCUAGGUACAUCGACCAAGAGCGUAGAGGAAACCUCAGCUAUAGAAAUUUCCCCUUCACCAAUAAGUAGCAAAACCCCUACUGAUAGUACAGAGGAAAUGUCAAGCCCACCUCCAGGAACUUCAGUUACCGAAACGGGAAAGACGAGAGCUGAAACAACUCUUUCUCAGCCUUCUCCAAGUACAUCCACCAAGAGCGUAGAGCAGACCUCAGCUAUAGAAACAUUCCAAUCACCAAGAAGUAGCAGAACCCCUACUGAUAGCAGAGAGGAAACAUCAAGCCCACCUCCAGCAACUUCAGUGAUCGAAACGGGAAAGACGAGAGCUGAAACAACGGUUUCUCCGCCUUCUCCAAGUACAUCCACCAGGAGCGUAGAGCAGACCUCAGCUGAACAAACUGAUGCAUUACAAACAAGCAGCGGAGCCCCUACAGAGAGCAUAGAGGAAACGUCAAGCCCACCUCCAGCAACUUCAGUUAUCAAAAUGGGAAAGACGAGAGCUGAAACAACGGUUUCUCCGCCUUCUCCAACUACAUCCACCAAGAGCGUAGAGCAGACCUCACCUGAAGAAACUGACGCAUCACAAACAAGCAGCAGAGCCCCAACUGAUAGCACAGAGGAAACGUCAAGCCCACCUCCAGCAACUUCAGUUCCUGAAAUGCAAAAUACGCCAGCUGAAACAACAGUUUCUCAGGCUUCUCCAAGUACAUCCACCAAGAGCGUAGAGGAGACCUCAGGUAUAGAAACUUUCCCAUCACCAAGAAGUAGCAGAACCCCUACUGAUAGCACAGAGGAAACGUCAAAUCCACCUCCAGCAACUUCAGUUACCGAAACAGAAAUGACGAGAGCUGAAGCAACGGUUUCUCAGCCUUCUCCAGGUACAUCCACCAAGAGCGUAGAGGAGACCUCAGGUAUAGAAACUUUCCAAUCACCAAGAAGUAGCAGAACCCCUACUGAUAGCACAGAGGAAACGUCAAGCCCACCUCCAGCAACUUCAAUUACCGAAACGGGAAAGACGAGAGCUGAAACAACGGUUUCUCUGCCUUCUCCAAGUACAUCCACCAGGAGCGUAGAGCAGACCUCAGCUGAAGAAACUGCCACAUCACCAACAAGCAGCGGAGCCCCUACAGAGAGCAUAGAGGAAACAUCAAGUCCACCUCCUGGAACUUCAGUUACCGAAACGGGAAAGACGAGAGCUGAAACAACGGUUUCUCAGGCUUCUCCAAGUACAUCCACCAAGAGCGUAGAGCAGACCUCAUCUGAAGAAACUGCCGCAUCACCAACAAGCAUCGGAGCCCCUACAGAGAGCAUAGAGGAAACAUCAAGUCCACCUCCAGCAACUUCAGUUACCGAAACGGGAAAUACGAGAGCUGAAACAACGAUUUCUCAGCCUUCUCCAAGUACAUCCACCAAGAGCGUAGAGCAGACCUCAGCUAUAAAAACUGCCGCAUCACCAACAAGGAGCAGAGCCCCUACUGAGAGCAUAGAGGAAACGUCAAGCCCACCUCCAGCAACUUCAGUUACUGAAACGGGAAAGACGAGAGCUGAAACAACGCUUUCUCAGCCUUCUCCAAGUACAUCCAUCAAGAGCGUAGAGGAGACCUCAGCUAUAGACACUUUCCAAUCACCAAGAAGUAGCAGAACCCCUACUGAUAGCACAGAGGAAACGUCAAGCCCACCUCCAGCAACUUCAGUUACCGAAACGGGAAAGACGAGAGCUGAAACAACCCUUUCUCAGCCUUCUCCAAGUACAUCCACCAAGAGCGUAGAGCAGACCUCAGCUAUAGAAACUUUCCAAUCACCAAGAAGUAGCAGAACCCCUACUGAUAGCAGAGAGGAAACAUCAAGCCCACCUCCAGCAACUUCAGUGAUCGAAACGGGAAAGACGAGAGCUGAAACAACGUUUUCUCAGCCUUCUCCAAGUACAUCCACGAAGGGCAUAGAGGAGACCUCAGCUAUAGAAACUUCCCAAUCACCAACAAGCAGCGGAGCCCCUACUGAGAGCAUAGAGGAAACGUCAAGCCCACCUCCAGCAACUUCAGUUACUGAAACGGGAAAGACGAGAGCUGAAACAACGUUUUCUCAGCCUUCUCCAAGUACAUCCACGAAGGGCAUAGAGGAGACCUCAGCUAUAGAAACUGCCGCAUCACCAACAAGGAGCGGAGCCCCUACUGAGAGCAUAGAGGAAACGUCAAGCCCACCUCCAGCAACUUCAGUUACUGAAACGGGAAAGACGAGAGCUGAGACAACGGUUUCUCAGCCUUCUCCAAGUACAUCCACCAGGAGCGUAGAGCAGACCUCAGCUGAAGAAACUGACACAUCACAAACAAGCAGCGGAGCCCUUACAGAGAGCAUAGAGGAAACGUCAAGCCCACCUCCAGCAACUUCAGUUACCGAAACGGGAAAGACGAGAGCUGAAACAAUGCUUUCUCAGCCUUCUCCAAGUACAUCCACCAAGAGCGUAGAGGAGACCUCAGCUAUAGACACUUUACAAUCACCAAGAAGUAGCAGAACCCCUACUGAUAGCACAGAGGAAACGUCAAGCCCACCUCCAGCAACUUCAGUUACCGAAACGGGAAAGACGAGAGCUGAAACAACCCUUUCUCAGGCUUCUCCAAGUACAUCCACCAAGAGCGUAGAGCAGACCUCAGCUAUAGAAACUUUCCAAUCACCAAGAAGUAGCAGAACCCCUACUGAUAGCAGAGAGGAAACAUCAAGCCCACCUCCAGCAACUUCAGUGAUCGAAACGGGAAAGACGAGAGCUGAAACAACGGUUUCUCCGCCUUCUCCAAGUACAUCCACCAGGAGCGUAGAGCAGACCUCAGCUGAACAAACUGAUGCAUUACAAACAAGCAGCAGAGCCCCUACAGAGAGCAUAGAGGAAACGUCAAGCCCACCUCCAAGAACUUCAGUUACCGAAACGGGAAAGACGAGAGCUGAAACAACGGUUUCUCAGACUUCUCCAGGUACAUCCACCAAGAGCGUAGAGGAGACCUCAUAUAUAGAAACUUCCCAAUCACCAACAAGCAGCGGAGCCCCUACGGAGAGCAUAGAGGAAACCUCAAGUUCACCUUCAGCAACUUCAGUUACCGAAAUGGGAAAGAUGACAGCUGAAACGUUUUCUCAGCCUUCUCUAGGUACAUCGACCAAGAGCGUAGAGGAAACCUCAGCUAUAGAAAUUUCCCCUUCACCAAUAAGUAGCAAAACCCCUACUGAUAGUACAGAGGAAAUGUCAAGCCCACCUCCAGGAACUUCAGUUACCGAAACGGGAAAGACGAGAGCUGAAACAACCCUUUCUCAGCCUUCUCCAAGUACAUCCACCAAGAGCGUAGAGCAGACCUCAGCUAUAGAAACUUUCCAAUCACCAAGAAGUAGCAGAACCCCUACUGAUAGCAGAGAGGAAACAUCAAGCCCACCUCCAGCAACUUCAGUGAUCGAAACGGGAAAGACGAGAGCUGAAACAACGUUUUCUCAGCCUUCUCCAAGUACAUCCACGAAGGGCAUAGAGGAGACCUCAGCUAUAGAAACUUCCCAAUCACCAACAAGCAGCGGAGCCCCUACAGAGAGCAUAGAAGAAACGUCAAGCCCACCUCCAAGAACUUCAGUUACCGAAACGGGAAAGACGAGAGCUGAAACAACGGUUUCUCAGACUUCUCCAGGUACAUCCACCAAGAGCGUAGAGGAGACCUCAUAUAUAGAAACUUCCCAAUCACCAACAAGCAGCGGAGCCCCUACGGAGAGCAUAGAGGAAACGUCAAGUUCACCUUCAGCAACUUCAGUUACCGAAACGGGAAAGAUGACAGCUGAAACGUUUUCUCAGCCUUCUCUAGGUACAUCGACCAAGAGCGUAGAGGAAACCUCAGCUAUAGAAAUUUCCCCUUCACCAAUAAGUAGCAAAACCCCUACUGAUAGUACAGAGGAAAUGUCAAGCCCACCUCCAGGAACUUCAGUUACCGAAACGGGAAAGACGAGAGCUGAAACAACUCUUUCUCAGCCUUCUCCAAGUACAUCCACCAAGAGCGUAGAGCAGACCUCAGCUAUAGAAACAUUCCAAUCACCAAGAAGUAGCAGAACCCCUACUGAUAGCAGAGAGGAAACAUCAAGCCCACCUCCAGCAACUUCAGUGAUCGAAACGGGAAAGACGAGAGCUGAAACAACGGUUUCUCCGCCUUCUCCAAGUACAUCCACCAGGAGCGUAGAGCAGACCUCAGCUGAACAAACUGAUGCAUUACAAACAAGCAGCGGAGCCCCUACAGAGAGCAUAGAGGAAACGUCAAGCCCACCUCCAGCAACUUCAGUUAUCAAAAUGGGAAAGACGAGAGCUGAAACAACGGUUUCUCCGCCUUCUCCAACUACAUCCACCAAGAGCGUAGAGCAGACCUCACCUGAAGAAACUGACGCAUCACAAACAAGCAGCAGAGCCCCAACUGAUAGCACAGAGGAAACGUCAAGCCCACCUCCAGCAACUUCAGUUCCUGAAAUGCAAAAUACGCCAGCUGAAACAACAGUUUCUCAGGCUUCUCCAAGUACAUCCACCAAGAGCGUAGAGGAGACCUCAGGUAUAGAAACUUUCCCAUCACCAAGAAGUAGCAGAACCCCUACUGAUAGCACAGAGGAAACGUCAAAUCCACCUCCAGCAACUUCAGUUACCGAAACAGAAAUGACGAGAGCUGAAGCAACGGUUUCUCAGCCUUCUCCAGGUACAUCCACCAAGAGCGUAGAGGAGACCUCAGGUAUAGAAACUUUCCAAUCACCAAGAAGUAGCAGAACCCCUACUGAUAGCACAGAGGAAACGUCAAGUCCACCUCCUGGAACUUCAGUUACCGAAACGGGAAAGACGAGAGCUGAAACAACGGUUUCUCAGACUUCUCCAGGUACAUCCACCAAGAGCGUAGAGCAGACCUCAUCUGAAGAAACUGCCGCAUCACCAACAAGCAUCGGAGCCCCUACAGAGAGCAUAGAGGAAACAUCAAGUCCACCUCCAGCAACUUCAGUUACCGAAACGGGAAAUACGAGAGCUGAAACAACGAUUUCUCAGCCUUCUCCAAGUACAUCCACCAAGAGCGUAGAGCAGACCUCAGCUAUAAAAACUGCCGCAUCACCAACAAGGAGCGGAGCCCCUACUGAGAGCAUAGAGGAAACGUCAAGCCCACCUCCAGCAACUUCAGUUACUGAAACGGGAAAGACGAGAGCUGAAACAACGGUUUCUCAGCCUUCUCCAGGUACAUCCACCAAGAGCGUAGAGCAGACCUCAUCUGAAGAAACUGCUGCACCACCAACAAGCAGCGGAGCCCCUACUGAGAGCAUAGAGGAAACGUCAAGCCCACCUCCGGCAAUUUCAAUUACCGAAACGGGAAAGAUGACAGCUGAAACAACGUUUUCUCAGCCUUCUCCAGGUACAUCCACCAGGAGCGUAGAGCAGACCUCAUCUGAAGAAACUGCCGCAUCACCAACAAGCAGCGGACCCCCUACUGAGAGCAUAGAGGAAACGUCAAGCCCACCUCCAGCAACUUCAGUUACCGAAACAAGAAAGACGAGAGCUGAAACAACGGUUUCUCCGCCUUCUCCAAGUACAUCCACCAGGAGCGUAGAGCAGACCUCAGCUGAACAAACUGAUGCAUUACAAACAAGCAGCGGAGCCCCUACAGAGAGCAUAGAGGAAACGUCAAGCCCACCUCCAAGAACUUCAGUUACCGAAACGGGAAAGACGAGAGCUGAAACAACGGUUUCUCAGACUUCUCCAAGUACAUCCACCAAGAGCGUAGAGCAGACCUCAGCUAUAGAAACUUUCCAAUCACCAAGAAGUAGCAGAACCCCUACUGAUAGCAGAGAGGAAACAUCAAGCCCACCUUCAGCAACUUCAGUUACCGAAACGGGAAAGAUGACAGCUGAAACGUUUUCUCAGCCUUCUCUAGGUACAUCGACCAAGAGCGUAGAGGAAACCUCAGCUAUAGAAAUUUCCCCUUCACCAAUAAGUAGCAAAACCCCUACUGAUAGUACAGAGGAAAUGUCAAGCCCACCUCCAGGAACUUCAGUUACCGAAACGGGAAAGACGAGAGCUGAAACAACGGUUUCUCAGCCUUCUCCAAGUACAUCCACCAAGAGCGUAGAGCAGACCUCAGCUAUAGAAACUUUCCAAUCACCAAGAAGUAGCAGAACCCCUACUGAUAGCAGAGAGGAAACAUCAAGCCCACCUCCAGCAACUUCAGUGAUCGAAACGGGAAAGACGAGAGCUGAAACAACGGUUCCUCCGCCUUCUCCAAGUACAUCCACCAGGAGCGUAGAGGAGACCUCAGCUGAACAAACUGAUGCAUUACAAACAAGCAGCGGAGCCCCUACAGAGAGCAUAGAGGAAACGUCAAGCCCACCUCCAGCAACUUCAGUUAUCAAAAUGGGAAAGACGAGAGCUGAAACAAUGGUUUCUCCGCCUUCUCCAACUACAUCCACCAAGAGCGUAGAGCAGACCUCAGCUGAAGAAACUGACGCAUCACAAACAAGCAGCAGAGCCCCUACUGAUAGCACAGAGGAAACGUCAAGCCCACCUCCAGCAACUUCAGUUCCUGAAAUGCAAAAUACGACAGCUGAAACAACAGUUUCUCAGGCUUCUCCAAGUACAUCCACCAAGAGCGUAGAGAAGACCUCAGGUAUAGAAACCUUCCCAUCACCAAGAAGUAGCAGAACCCCUACUGAUAGCACAGAGGAAACGUCAAAUCCACCUCCAGCAACUUCAGUUACCGAAACAGAAAAGACGAGAGCUGAAACAACGGUUUCUCCGCCUUCUCCAAGUACAUACACCAGGAGCGUACAGCAGACCUCAGCUGAAGAAACUGCCACAUCACCAACAAGCAGCGGAGCCCCUACAGAGAGCAUAGAGGAAACAUCAAGUCCACCUCCUGGAACUUCAGUUACCGAAACGGGAAAGACGAGAGCUGAAACAACGGUUUCUCAGACUUCUCCAGGUACAUCCACCAAGAGCGUAGAGCAGACCUCAUCUGAAGAAACUGCCGCAUCACCAACAAGCAGCGGAGCCCCUACAGAGAGCAUAGAGGAAACGUCAAGCCCACCUCCAGCAACUUCAGUUACCGAAACGGGAAAGACGAGAGCUAAAACAACGUUUUCUCAGCCUUCUCCAAGUACAUCCACCAAGAGCGUAGAGCAGACCUCAGCUAUAGAAACUGCCGCAUCACCAACAAGGAGCGGAGCCCCUACUGAGAGCAUAGAGGAAACGUCAAGCCCAUCUCCAGCAACUGCAGUUACCGAAGCGGGAAAGAUGAGAGCUGAAACAGCGGUUUCUCCGCCUUCUCCAAGUACAUCCACCAGGAGCGUAGAGCAGACCUCAGCUGAAGAAAAUGAUGCAUCACAAACAAGCAGCGGAGCCCCUACAGAGAGCAUAGAGGAAACGUCAAGCCCACCUCCAGCAACUUCAGUUACUGAAACGGGAAAGACGAGAGCUGAAACAACGGUUUCUCAGCCUUCUCCAGGUACAUCCACCAAGGGCAUAGAGGAGACCUCAGUUGAAGAAUCUUUCCAAUCACCAAGAAGUAGCAGAACCCCUACUGAUAGCACAGAGGAAACGUCAAGUCCACCUUCAGGAACUUCAGUUACCGAAACGGGAAAGACGAGAGCUGAAACAACCGUUUCUCAGCCUUCUCCAAGUACAUCCACCAGGAGCGUAGAGCAGACCUCAGCUGAAGAAACUGAUGCAUCACAAACAAGCAGCGGAGCCCCUACUGAGAGCAUAGAGGAAACGUCAAGCCCACCUCCAGGAACUUCAGUUACCGAAACGGGAAAGACGAGAGCUGAAACAACGGUUACUCAGCCUUCUCCAAGUACAUCCACCAAGGGCAUAGAGAAGACCUCAGGUAUAGAAACUUCCCAAUCACCAACAAGCAGCGGAGCCCCUACUGAUAGUACAGAGGAAACGUCAAGCCCACCUCCAGCAACUUCAUUUCCUGAAAUGCAAAAUACGACAGUUGAAACAACGGUUUCUCAGCCUUCUCCAAGUACAUCCACCAAGGGCGGAGAGGAGACCUCAGGUAUAGAAACUUUCCCAUCACCAAGAAGUAGCAAAACCCCUAUUGAUAGCACAGAAGAAACGUCAAGCCCACCUCCAGCAACUUCAGUUACCGAAACGGGAAAGACGAGAGCUGAAACAACGGUUUCUCAGCCUUCUCCAAGUACAUACACCAGGAGCGUAGAGCAGACCUCAUCUGAAGAAACUCCCACAUCACCAACAAGCAGCGGAGCCCCUACAGAGAGCAUAGAGGAAACGUCAAGCCCACCUCCAGGAACUUCAGUUACCGAAACGGGAAAGACGAGAGCUGAAACAACGGUUACUCAGCCUUCUCCAAGUACAUCCACCAAGGGCAUAGAGAAGACCUCAGGUAUAGAAACUUCCCAAUCACCAACAAGCAGCGGAGCCCCUACUGAUAGUACAGAGGAAACGUCAAGCCCACCUCCAGCAACUUCAUUUCCUGAAAUGCAAAAUACGACAGUUGAAACAACGGUUUCUCAGCCUUCUCCAAGUACAUCCACCAAGGGCGGAGAGGAGACCUCAGGUAUAGAAACUUUCCCAUCACCAAGAAGUAGCAAAACCCCUAUUGAUAGCACAGAAGAAACGUCAAGCCCACCUCCAGCAACUUCAGUUACCGAAACGGGAAAGACGAGAGCUGAAACAACGGUUUCUCAGCCUUCUCCAAGUACAUACACCAGGAGCGUAGAGCAGACCUCAUCUGAAGAAACUCCCACAUCACCAACAAGCAGCGGAGCCCCUACAGAGAGCAUAGAGGAAACGUCAAGCCCACCUCCAGCAACUUCAAUUACCAAAACGGGAAAGAUGACAGCUGAAACAACGGUUUCUCAGCCUUCUCCAGGUACAUCCACCAAGAGCGUAGAGCAGACCUCAGCUAUAGAAAUUUUCCCAUCACCAAAAAGCAGCGGAGCCCCUACUGAGAGGAUAGAGGAAACGUCAAGCUCACCUCCAGCAACUUCAGUUACCGAAAUGGGAAAAACGAGAGCUGAAACAACGGUUUCUCAGCCUUCUCCAGGUACAUCCAACAAUGGUGUAGAGGAGACCUCAGCUAUAGAAACUCCCACAUCACCAAGAAGUAGCAGAACCCCUACUGAGAGCAUAGAGGAAACGUCAAGCCCACCUCCAGGAACUUCAGUGACCAAAACGGGAAAGACGAGAGCUGAAACAACGGUUUCUCAGCCUUCUCCAGGUACAUCCACCAAGAGCGUAGAGCAGACCUCAGCUAUAGAAAUUUUCCCAUCACCAAAAAGCAGCGGAGCCCCUACUGAGAGGAUAGAGGAAACGUCAAGCUCACCUCCAGCAACUUCAGUUACCGAAAUGGGAAAAAAGAGAGCUGAAACAACGGUUUCUCCGCCUUCUCAAACUACAUCCACCAAUGGUGUAGAGGAGACCUCAGCUAUAAAAACUUUUCCAUCACCAAGAAGUAGCAGAACCCCUACUGAGAGCAUAGAGGAAACGUCAAGCCCACCUCCAGGAACUUCAGUGACCGAAACGGGAAAGACGAGAGCUGAAACAACGGUUUCGCAGCCUUCUCCAGGUACAUCCACCAAGAGCGUAGAGGAAACCUCUGCUAUAGAAACUUCCCCAUCACCAAUAAGUAGCAGAACCCCUACUGAUAGAACAGAGGAAACGUCAAGCCCACCUCCAGCAACUUCAAUUACCGACACGGGAACGAGAGCUGAAACAACGGUUUCUCAGCCUUCUCCAGGUAUAUCCACCAAGAGCGUAGAGCAGACCUCAGCUAUAGAAAUAUUCCCAUCACCAAAAAGCAGCGGAGCCCCUACUGAGAGGAUAGAGGAAACGUCAAGCUCACCUAUAGCAACUUCAGUUACCGAAACGGGAAAGACGAGAGCUGAAACAACGGUUUCUCAGCCUUCUCCAAGUACAUCCACCAGGAGCGUAGAGCAGACCUCAUCUGAAGAAACUCCCACAUCACCAAGAAGCAGCGGAGCCCCUACAGAGAGCAUAGAGGAAACGUCAAGCCCACCUCCAGCAACUUCAGUUACCGAAACAGGAAAGACGAGAGUUGAAACAACGGUUUCUCAGCCUUCUCCAGGUACAUCCACCAAGAGCGUAGGGGAGACCUCAGCUAUAGACACUUUCCAAUCACCAAGAAGUAGCAGAACCCCUACUGAUAGCACAGAGGAAACGUCAAGUCCACCUUCAGGAACUUCAGUUACCGAAAUGGGAAAGACGAGAGCUGAAACAACCGUUUCUCAGCCUUCUCCAAGUACAUCCACCAAGCGCGUAGAGCAGACCUCAGCUGAAGAAACUGAUGCAUCACAAACAAGCAGCGGAGCCCCUACUGAGAGCAUAGAGGAAACGUCAAGCCCACCUCCAGGAACUUCAGUUACCGAAACGAGAAAGACGAGAGCUGAAACAACGGUUUCUCCGCCUUCUCCAACUACAUCCACCAAGAGCGUAGAGCAGACCUCACCUGAAGAAACUGACGCAUCACAAACAAGCAGCAGAGCCCCUACUGAUAGCACAGAGGAAACGUCAAGCCCACCUCCAGCAACUUCAGUUCCUGAAAUGCAAAAUACGACAGCUGAAACAACAGUUUCUCAGGCUUCUCCAAGUACAUCCACCAAGAGCGUAGAGGAGACCUCAGGUAUAGAAACUUUCCCAUCACCAAGAAGUAGCAGAACCCCUACUGAUAGCACAGAGGAAACGUCAAAUCCACCUCCAGCAACUUCAGUUACCGAAACAGAAAAGACGAGAGCUGAAGCAACGGUUUCUCAGCCUUCUCCAGGUACACCCACCAAGAGCGUAGAGGAGACCUCAGGUAUAGAAACUUUCCAAUCACCAAGAAGUAGCAGAACCCCUACUGAUAGCACAGAGGAAACGUCAAGCCCACCUCCAGCAACUUCAAUUACCGAAACGGGAAAGACGAGAGCUGAAACAACGGUUUCUCUGCCUUCUCCAAGUACAUCCACCAGGAGUGUAGAGCAGACCUCAGCUGAAGAAACUGCCACAUCACCAACAAGCAGCGGAGCCCCUACAGAGAGCAUAGAGGAAAUAUCAAGUCCACCUCCUGGAACUUCAGUUACCGAAACGGGAAAGACGAGAGCUGAAACAACGAUUUCUCAGCCUUCUCCAAGUACAUCCACCAAGAGCGUAGAGCAGACCUCAGCUAUAGAAACUGCCACAUCACCAACAAGGAGCGGAGCCCCUACUGAGAGCAUAGAGGAAACGUCAAGCCCAUCUCCAGCAACUGCAGUUACCGAAGCGGGAAAGAUGAGAGCUGAAACAGCGGUUUCUCCGCCUUCUCCGAGUACAUCCACCAGGAGCGUAGAGCAGACCUCAGCUGAAGAAACUGAUGCAUCACAAACAAGCAGCGGAGCCCCUACAGAGAGCAUAGAGGAAACGUCAAGCCCACCUCCAGCAACUUCAGUUACUGAAACGGGAAAGACGAGAGCUGAAACAACGGUUUCUCAGCCUUCUCCAGGUACAUCCACCAAGGGCAUAGAGGAGACCUCAGUUGAAGAAUCUUUCCAAUCACCAAGAAGUAGCAGAACCCCUACUGAUAGCACAGAGGAAACGUCAAGUCCACCUUCAGGAACUUCAGUUACCGAAACGGGAAAGACGAGAGCUGAAACAACCGUUUCUCAGCCUUCUCCAAGUACAUCCACCAAGAGCGUAGAGCAGACCUCAGCUGAAGAAACUGAUGCAUUACAAACAAGCAGCGGAGCCCCUACAGAGAGCAUAGAGGAAACGUCAAGCCCACCUCCAGCAACUUCAGUUAUCAAAAUGGGAAAGACGAGAGCUGAAACAACGGUUUCUCCGCCUUCUGCAACUACAUCCACCAAGAGCGUAGAGGAGACCUCAGCUAUAGACACUUUCCAAUCACCAAGAAGUAGCAGAACCCCUACUGAUAGCAGAGAGGAAACAUCAAGCCCACCUCCAGCAACUUCAGUGAUCGAAACGGGAAAGACGAGAGCUGAAACAACGGUUUCUCCGCCUUCUCCAAGUACAUCCACCAGGAGCGUAGAGCAGACCUCAGCUGAACAAACUGAUGCAUUACAAACAAGCAGCGGAGCCCCUACAGAGAGCAUAGAGGAAACGUCAAGCCCACCUCCAAGAACUUCAGUUACCGAAACGGGAAAGACGAGAGCUGAAACAACGGUUUCUCAGACUUCUCCAGGUACAUCCACCAAGAGCGUAGAGGAGACCUCAAAUAUAGAAACUUCCCAAUCACCAACAAGCAGCGGAGCCCCUACGGAGAGCAUAGAGGAAACGUCAAGUUCACCUUCAGCAACUUCAGUUACCGAAACGGGAAAGAUGACAGCUGAAACGUUUUCUCAGCCUUCUCUAGGUACAUCGACCAAGAGCGUAGAGGAAACCUCAGCUAUAGAAAUUUCCCCUUCACCAAUAAGUAGCAAAACCCCUACUGAUAGUACAGAGGAAAUGUCAAGCCCACCUCCAGGAACUUCAGUUACCGAAACGGGAAAGACGAGAGCUGAAACAACGCUUUCUCCGUCUUCUCCAACUACAUCCACCAAGAGCGUAGAGCAGACCUCAGCUGAAGAAACUGACGCAUCACAAACAAGCAGCAGAGCCCCUACUGAUAGCACAGAGGAAACGUCAAGCCCACCUCCAGGAACUUCAGUUCCUGAAAUGCAAAAUACGACAGCUGAAACAACAGUUUCUCAGGCUUCUCCAAGUACAUCCACCAAGAGCGUAGAGAAGACCUCAGGUAUAGAAACUUUCCCAUCACCAAGAAGUAGCAGAACCCCUACUGAUAGCACAGAGGAAACGUCAAAUCCACCUCCAGCAACUUCAGUUACCGAAACAGAAAAGACGAGAGCUGAAACAACGGUUUCUCCGCCUUCUCCAAGUACAUACACCAGGAGCGUACAGCAGACCUCAGCUGAAGAAACUGCCACAUCACCAACAAGCAGCGGAGCCCCUACAGAGAGCAUAGAGGAAACAUCAAGUCCACCUGCAGGAACUUCAGUUACCGAAACGGGAAAGACGAGAGCUGAAACAACGGUUUCUCAGACUUCUCCAGGUACAUCCACCAAGAGCGUAGAGCAGACCUCAUCUGAAGAAACUGCCGCAUCACCAACAAGCAGCGGAGCCCCUACAGAGAGCAUAGAGGAAACGUCAAGCCCACCUCCAGCAACUUCAGUUACCGAAACGGGAAAGACGGGAGCUAAAACAACGUUUUCCCAGCCUUCUCCAAGUACAUCCACCAAGAGCGUAGAGCAGACCUCAGCUAUAGAAACUGCCGCAUCACCAACAAGGAGCGGAGCCCCUACUGAGAGCAUAGAGGAAACGUCAAGCCCAUCUCCAGCAACUGCAGUUACCGAAGCGGGAAAGAUGAGAGCUGAAACAGCGGUUUCUCCGCCUUCUCCAAGUACAUCCACCAGGAGCGUAGAGCAGACCUCAGCUGAAGAAACUGAUGCAUCACAAACAAGCAGCGGAGCCCCUACUGAGAGCAUAGAGGAAAUGUCAAGCCCACCUCCAGCAACUUCAGUUACUGAAACGGGAAAGACGAGAGCUGAAACAACGGUUUCUCAGCCUUCUCCAGCUACAUCCACCAAGGGCAUAGAGGAGACCUCAGUUGAAGAAUCUUUCCAAUCACCAACAAGCAGCGGAGCCCCUACUGAUAGUACAGAGGAAACGUCAAGCCCACCUCCAGCAACUUCAUUUCCUGAAAUGCAAAAUACGACAGCUGAAACAACGGUUUCUCAGCCUUCUCCAAGUACAUCCACCAAGGGCGGAGAGGAGACCUCAGGUAUAGAAACUUUCCCAUCACCAAGAAGUAGCAAAACCACUAUUGAUAGCACAGAGGAAACGUCAAGCCCACCUCCAGCAACUUCAGUUACCGAAACGGGAAAGACGAGAGCUGAAACAACGGUUUCUCAGCCUUCUCCAAGUACAUACACCAGGAGCGUAGAGCAGACCUCAUCUGAAGAAACUCCCACAUCACCAACAAGCAGCGGAGCCCCAACAGAGAGCAUAGAGGAAACGUCAAGCCCACCUCCAGCAACAUCAAUUACCAAAACGGGAAAGAUGACAGCUGAAACAACGGUUUCUCAGCCUUCUCCAGGUACAUCCACCAAGAGCGUAGAGCAGACCUCAGCUAUAGAAAUUUUCCCAUCACCAAAAAGCAGCGGAGCCCCUACUGAGAGCAUAGAGGAAACGUCAAGCCCACCUCCAGGAACUUCAGUGACCAAAACGGGAAAGACGAGAGCUGAAACAACGGUUUCUCAGCCUUCUCCAGGUACAUCCACCAAGAGCGUAGAGCAGACCUCAGCUAUAGAAAUUUUCCCAUCACCAAAAAGCAGCGGAGCCCCUACUGAGAGGAUAGAGGAAACGUCAAGCUCACCUCCAGCAACUUCAGUUACCGAAAUGGGAAAAAAGAGAGCUGAAACAACGGUUUCUCAGCCUUCUCCAGGUACAUCCACCAAUGGUGUAGAGGAGACCUCAGCUAUAGAAACUUUCCCAUCACCAAGAAGUAGCAGAACCCCUACUGAGAGCAUAGAGGAAACGUCAAGCCCACCUCCAGGAACUUCAGUGACCGAAACGGGAAAGACGAGAGCUGAAACAACGGUUUCGCAGCCUUCUCCAGGUACAUCCACCAAGAGCGUAGAGGAAACCUCUGCUAUAGAAACUUCCCCAUCACCAAUAAGUAGCAGAACCCCUACUGAUAGAACAGAGGAAACGUCAAGCCCACCUCCAGCAACUUCAAUUACCGACACGGGAACGAGAGCUGAAACAACGGUUUCUCAGCCUUCUCCAGGUACAUCCACCAAGAGCGUAGAGCAGACCUCAGCUAUAGAAAUAUUCCCAUCACCAAAAAGCAGCGGAGCCCCUACUGAGAGGAUAGAGGAAACGUCAAGCUCACCUCCAGCAACUUCAGUUACCGAAACGGGAAAGACGAGAGCUGAAACAACGGUUUCUCAGCCUUCUCCAGGUUCAUCCACCAAUGGUGUAGAGGAGACCUCAGUUAUAAAAACUUUCCAAUCACCAAGAAGUAGCAGAACCCCUACUGAUAGCACAGAGGAUACGUCAAGCCCACCUCCAGCAACUUCAGUUCCUGAAAGGCAAAAUUCGACAGCUGAAACAACAGUUUCUCAGGCUUCUCCAAGUACAUCCCCCAAGAGCGUAGAGGAAACCUCAGCUAUAGAAAUUUCCCCAUCACCAAUAAGUAGCAAAACCCCUACUGAUAGUACAGAGGAAACAUCAAGCCCACCUUCAGCAACUUCAUUUCCUGAAAUGCAAAAUACGACAGCUGAAACAACGGUUUCUCAGGCUUCUCCAAGUACAUCCACCAAGAGCGUAGAGCAGACCUCAGCUGAAGAAUCUGCCGCAUCACCAACAAGCAGCGGAGCCCCUACGGAGAGCAUAGAGGAAACGUCAAGCCCACCUCCAGCAAUUUCAAUUACCAAAACGGGAAAGAUAACAGCUGAAACAACGUUUUCUCUGCCUUCUCCAAGUACAUCCACCAAGAGCGUAGACGAGACCUCAGGUAUAGAAACUUUCCCAAUACCAAGAAGUAGUAGAACCCCUACUGAUAGCACAGAGGAAACGUCAAGUCCACCUCCAGGAACUUCAGUUACCGAAACGGGAAAGACGAGAGCUGAGACAACGGUUUCUCAGCCUUUUCCAGGUACAUCCACCAGGAGCGUAGAGCAGACCUCAUCUGAAGAAACUGCCGCAUCAUCAACAAGCAGCGGAGCCCCUACUGAGAGCAUAGAGGAAACGUCAAGCCCAUCUCCAGCAACUUCAGUUACCAAAACGGGAAAGAUGAGAGCUGAAACAACGGUUUCUCAGCCUUCUCCAAGUACAUCCACCAAGAGCGUAGAGCAGACCUCAGCUGGAGAAUCUGCCGCAUCAGCAACAAGCAGCGGAGCCCCUACUGAGAGCAUAGAGGAAACGUCAGGCCCACCUCCGGCAAUUUCAAUUACCGAAACGGGAAAGAUGACAGCUGAAACAACGUUUUCUCAGCCUUCUCCAGGUACAUCCACCAAGAGCGUAGAGGAGACCUCAGGUAUAGAAACUUUCCCAAUACCAAGAAGUAGCAGAACCCCUACUGAUAGUACAGAGGAAACGUCAAGCCCACCUCCAGCAACUUCAUUUCCUGAAAUGCAAAAUACGACAGCUGAAACAACGGUUUCUCAGGCUUCUCCAAGUACAUCCACCAAGGGCGGAGAGGAGACCUCAGGUAUAGAAACUUUCCCAUCACAAAGAAGUAGCAAAAACCCUAUUGAUAGCACAGAGGAAACGUCAAGCCCACCUCCAGCAACUUCAGUUACCGAAACGGGAAAGACGAGAGCUGAAACAACGGUUUCUCCGCCUUCUCCAAGUACAUACACCAGGAGCCUAGAGCAGACCUCAUCUGAAGAAACUCCCACAUCACCAAGAAGCAGCGGAGCCCCUACAGAGAGCAUAGAGGAAACGUCAAGCCCACCUCCAGCAACUUCAGUUACCGAAACAGGAAAGACGAGAGUUGAAACAACGGUUUCUCAGCCUUCUCCAGGUACAUCCACCAAGAGCGUAGGGGAGACCUCAGCUAUAGACACUUUCCAAUCACCAAGAAGUAGCAGAACCCCUACUGAUAGCACAGAGGAAACGUCAAGCCCACCUCCAGCAACUUCAGUUCCCGAAACGGGAAAGACGAGAGCUGAAACAACCGUUUCUCAGCCUUCUCCAAGUACAUCCACCAAGAGCGUAGAGCAGACCUCAGCUAUAGAAACUGCCGCAUCACCAACAAGCACCGGUGCCCCUACAGAGAGCAUAGAGGAAACGUCUAGCCCACCUCCAGCAACUUCAGUUACCGAAACGGGAAGGACGAGAGCUGAAACAAUGGUUUCUCAGCCAUCUCCAGGUACAUCCACCAAGAGCGUAGAGGAGACCUCAGCUGAAGAAACUGCCGCAUCACUAAGAAGUAGCAGAACCCCUAAUGAUAGCACAGAGGAAACAUCAAGCCCACCUCCAGGAACUUCAGUUACCGAAACGGGAAAGACGAGAGCUGAAACAACGGUUUCGCAGCCUUCUCCAGGUACAUCCACCAAGAGCGUAGAGCAGACCUCAGCUGAAGAAACUGCCGCAUCACUAAGAAGUAGCAGAACCCCUAAUGAUAGCACAGAGGAAACAUCAAGCCCACCUCCAGGAACUUCAGUUACCGAAACGGGAAAGACGAGAGCUGAAACAACGGUUUCGCAGCCUUCUCCAGGUACAUCCACCAAGAGCGUAGAGCAGACCUCAGCUGAAGAAACUGUCGAAUCACCAACAAGCAGCGGAGCCCCUACUGAGAGCAUAGAGGAAACGUCAAGCCCACCUCCAGGAACUUCAGUUACCGAAACGGGAAAGAUGACAGCUGAAACAACGUUUUCUCAGCCUUCUCCAGGUACAUCCACCAAGAGAGUAGAGCAGACCUCAUCUGAAGAAACUGCCGCAUCACCAACAAGCAGCGGAUCCCCUACUGAGAGCAAAGAGGAAACGUCAAGCCCACCUCCAGUAACUUCAGUUACCGAAACGGGAAAGACGAGAGCUGAAACAACGGUUUCGCAGCCUUCUCCAGGUACAUCCACCAAGAGCGCAGAGCAGACCUCAUCUGAAGAAACUGCCACAUCACCAACAAGCAGCGGAGCCUCUACUGAGAGCAUAGAGGAAACGUCAAGCCCAUCUCCAGCAACUUCAGUUACCAAAACGGGAAAGACGAGAGCUGAAACAACGGUUUCUCAGGCUUCUCCAAGUACAUCCACCAAGGGCGGAGAGGAGACCUCUGGUAUAGAAACUUUCCAAUCACCAAGAAGUAGCAGAACCCCUACGGAGAGCAUAGAGGAAACGUCAAUCCCACCUCCAGCAACUUCAGUUACCGAAACGGGAAAGAUGACAGCUGAAAGAACGGUUUCUCAGCCUUCUCCAGGUACAUCCACCAAGAGCGUAGAGCAGACCUCAUCUGAAGAAACUGCCGCAUCACCAACAAGCAGCAGAGCCCCUACGGAGAGCAUAGAGGAAACGUCAAGCCCACCUCCAGCAAUUUCAAUUACCAAAACGGGAAAGACGAGAGCUGAAACAACGGUUUCGCAGGCUUCUCCAAGUACAUCCACCAAGAGCGUAGAGGAGACCUCAGCUAUAGAAACUUUCCAAUCACCAAGAAGUAGCAGAACCCCUACUGAUAGCACAGAGGAAACGUCAAGCCCACCUCCAGCAACUUCAGUUACCGAAACGGGAAAGACGAUAGCUGAAACAACGGUUUCUCAGCCUUCUACAGGUACAUCUACCAUGAGCGUAGAGCAGACCACAGCUGAAGAAACUGACACAUCACAAACAAGCAGCGGAUCCCCUACGGAGAGCAUAGAGGAAACGUCAAGCCCACCUCCAGCAAUUUCAAUUACCAAAACGGGAAAAAUGACAGCUGAAACAACCGUUUCUCAGCCUUCUCCAGGUACAUUUACCAAGAGCGUAGAGCAGACCUCAGCUGAAGAAACUGUCGAAUCACCAACAAGCAGCGGAGGCCCUACUGAGAGCAUAGAGGAAACGUCAAGCCCACCUCCAGCAACUUCAGUUACCGAAACGGGAAAGAUGACAGCUGAAACAACGGUUUCUCAGCCUUCUCCAGGUACAUCCACCAAGAGCGUAGAGCAGACCUCAUCUGAAGAAACUGCCGCAUCACCAACAAGCAGCGGAGCCCCUACGGAGAGCAUAGAGGAAACGUCAAGCCCACCUCCAGCAAUUUCAAUUACCAAAACGGGAAAGACGAGAGCUGAAACAACGGUUUCGCAGGCUUCUCCAAGUACAUCCACCAAGAGCGUAGAGGAGACCUCAGCUAUAGAAACUUUCCAAUCACCAAGAAGUAGCAGAACCCCUACUGAUAGCACAGAGGAAACGUCAAGCCCACCUCCAGCAACUUCAGUUACCGAAACGGGAAAGACGAUAGCUGAAACAACGGUUUCUCAGCCUUCUACAGGUACAUCUACCAUGAGCGUAGAGCAGACCACAGCUGAAGAAACUGACACAUCACAAACAAGCAGCGGAGCCCCUACGGAGAGAAUAGAGGAAACGUCAAGCACACCUACAGCAUCUUCUGUUACCGAAAUGGGAAAGACGAGAACUGAGACAACGGUUUCUCCGCCGUCUCCAAGUAGAUCCACCAGGAACGUAGAGCAGACCUCAGCUGAACAAACUGAUGCAUUACAAACAAGCAGCGGAUCCCCUACGGAGAGCAUAGAGGAAACGUCAAGCCCACCUCCAGCAAUUUCAAUUACCAAAACGGGAAAAAUGACAGCUGAAACAACGGUUUCUCAGCCUUCUCCAGGUACAUUUACCAAGAGCGUAGAGCAGACCUCAGCUAUAGAAAUUGCCGCAUCACCAACAAGCAGCGGAGCCCCUACUGAGAGCAUAGAGGAAACGUCUAGCCCACCUCCAGCAACUUCAGUUACCGAAACGGGAAGGACGAGAGCUGAAACAACGGUUUCGCAGCCUUCUCCAGGUACAUCCACCAAGAGCGUAGAGCAGACCUCAGCUGAAGAAACUGUCGAAUCACCAACAAGCAGCAGAGCCCCUACUGAGAGCAUAGAGGAAACGUCAAGCCCACCUCCGGCAACUUCAGUUACCGAAACAGGAAAGACGAGAGCUGAAACAAUGUUUUCUCAGCCUUCUCCAGGUACAUUCACCAAGAGCGUAGAGGAGACCUCAUCUGAAGAAACUGCCGCAUCACCAACAAGCAGCGGAGCCCCUACGGAGAGCAUAGAGGAAACGUCAAGCCCACCUCCAGCAAUUUCAAUUACCAAAACGGGAAAGAUGACAGCUGAAACAACGUUUUCUCAGCCUUCUCCAGGUAAAUCCACCAAGAGCGUAGAGGAGACCUCAGGUAUAGAAACUUUCCCAAUACCAAGAAGUAGCAGAACCCCUACUGAUAGUACAGAGGAAACGUCAGGCCCACCUCCAGCAACUUCAUUUCCUGAAAUGCAAAAUACGACAGCUGAAACAACGUUUUCUCAGGCUUCUCCAAGUACAUCCACCAAGGGCGGAGAGGAGGCCUCAGGUAUAGAAACUUUCCCAUCACCAAGAAGUAGCAAAAACCCUAUUGAUAGCACAGAGGAAACGUCAAGCCCACCUCCAGCAACUUCAGUUACCGAAACGGGAAAGACGAGAGCUGAAACAACGGUUUCUCCGCCUUCUCCAAGUACAUACACCAGGAGCGUAGAGCAGACCUCAUCUGAAGAAACUCCCACAUCACCAACAAGCAGUGGAGCCCCUACAGAGAGCAUAGAGGAAACGUCAAGCCCACCUCCAGCAACUUCAGUUACCGAAACAGGAAAGACGAGAGCUGAAACAACGGUUUCUCAGGCUUCUCCAAGUACAUCCACCAAGAGCGUAGAGGAGACCUCAGCUAUAGAAACUUUCCAAUCACCAAGAAGUAGCAGAACCCCUACGGAGAGCAUAGAGGAAAUGUCAAGCCCACCUCCAACAAUUUCAGUUACCGAAAUGGGAAAGACGAGAGCUGAAACAACGGUUUCGCAGCCUUCUCCAGGUACAUCCACCAAGAGCGUAGAGCAGAACUCAUUUGAAGAAACUGCCGCAUCACCAACAAGCAGCGGAGCCCCUACGGAGAGCAUAGAGGAAACGUCAAGCCCACCUCCAGCAAUUUCAAUUACCAAAACGGGAAAGAUGACAGCUGAAACAAUGUUUUCUCAGCCUUCUCCAGGUACAUUCACCAAGAGCGUAGAGGAGACCUCAUCUGAAGAAACUGCCGCAUCACCAACAAGCAGCGGAGCCCCUACGGAGAGCAUAGAGGAAACGUCAAGCCCACCUCCAGCAAUUUCAAUUACCAAAACGGGAAAGAUGACAGCUGAAACAACGUUUUCUCAGCCUUCUCCAGGUAAAUCCACCAAGAGCGUAGAGGAGACCUCAGGUAUAGAAACUUUCCCAAUACCAAGAAGUAGCAGAACCCCUACUGAUAGUACAGAGGAAACGUCAAGCCCACCUCCAGCAACUUCAUUUCCUGAAAUGCAAAAUACGACAGCUGAAACAACGUUUUCUCAGGCUUCUCCAAGUACAUCCACCAAGGGCGGAGAGGAGGCCUCAGGUAUAGAAACUUUCCCAUCACCAAGAAGUAGCAAAAACCCUAUUGAUAGCACAGAGGAAACGUCAAGCCCACCUCCAGCAACUUCAGUUACCGAAACGGGAAAGACGAGAGCUGAAACAACGGUUUCUCCGCCUUCUCCAAGUACAUACACCAGGAGCGUAGAGCAGACCUCAUCUGAAGAAACUCCCACAUCACCAACAAGCAGUGGAGCCCCUACAGAGAGCAUAGAGGAAACGUCAAGCCCACCUCCAGCAACUUCAGUUACCGAAACAGGAAAGACGAGAGUUGAAACAACGGUUUCUCAGCCUUCUCCAGGUACAUCCACCAAGAGCGUAGAGGAGACCUCAGCUGAAGAAACUGCCGCAUCACUAAGAAGUAGCAGAACCACCAAUGAUAGCACAGAGGAAACGUCUAGCCCACCUCCAGGAACUUCAGUUACCGAAACGGGAAAGACGAGAGCUGAAACAACGGUUUCGCAGCCUUCUCCAGGUACAUCCACCAAGAGCGCAGAGCAGAUCUCAGCUGAAGAAACUGCCACAUUACCAACAAGCAGCGGAGGCCCUACUGAGAGCAUAGAGGAAACGUCAAGCCCACCUCCAGCAACUUCAGUUACCGAAACGGGAAAGACGAGAGCUGAAACAACGGUUUCACAGCCUUCUCCAGGUACAUCCACCAAGAGUGUAGAGCAGAACUCAGCUGCAGAAACUGCCACAUCACCAACAAGCAGCGGAGCAUCUACUGAGAGCAUAGAGGAAACGUCAAGCCCACCUCCAGCAACUUCAGUUACCGAAACGGGAAAGACGAGAGCUGAAACAACGGUUUCUCAGCCUUCUCCAAGUACAUCCACCAAGAGCGUAGAGCAGACCUCAGCUGGAGAAUCUGCUGCAUCACCAACAAGCAGCAGAGCCCCUACUGAGAGCAUAGAGGAAACGUCAAGCCCACCUCCGGCAACUUCAGUUACCGAAACAGGAAAGACGAGAGCUGAAACAACGGUUUCUCAGGCUUCUCCAAGUACAUCCACCAAGAGCGUAGAGGAGACCUCAGCUAUAGAAACUUUCCAAUCACCAAGAAGUAGCAGAACCCCUACUGAUAGCACAGAGGAAACGUCAAGCCCACCUCCAGCAACUUCAGUUACCGAAACGGGAAAGACGAUAGCUGAAACAACGGUUUCUCAGCCUUCUCCAGGUACAUCUACCAAGAGCGUAGAGCAGACCACAGCUGAAGAAACUGACACAUCACAAACAAGCAGCGGAGCCCCUACGGAGAGAAUAGAGGAAACGUCAAGCACACCUACAGCAUCUUCUGUUACCGAAAUGGGAAAGACGAGAGCUGAAACAACGGUUUCGCAGCCUUCUCCAGGUACAUCCACCAAGAGCGUAGAGCAGAACUCAGUUGAAGAAACUGCCGCAUCACCAACAAGCAACAGAGCCCCUACUGAGAGCAUAGAGGAAACGUCAAGCCCACCUCCAGCAACUUCAGUUACCGAAACAGGAAGGACGAGAGCUGAAACAACGGUUUCUCAGGCUUCUCCAAGUACAUCCACCAAGAGCGUAGAGGAGACCUCAGCUAUAGAAACUUUCCAAUCACCAAGCAGUAGCAGAACCCCUACGGAGAGCAUAGAGGAAAUGUCAAGCCCACCUCCAACAAUUUCAGUUUCCGAAACGGGAAAGACGAUAGCUGAAACAACGGUUUCUCAGCCUUCUCCAGGUACAUCUACCAAGAGCGUAGAGCAGACCACAGCUGAAGAAACUGACACAUCACAAACAAGCAGCGGAGCCCCUACGGAGAGAAUAGAGGAAACGUCAAGCACACCUACAGCAUCUUCUGUUACCGAAAUGGGAAAGACGAGAGCUGAAACAACGGUUUCGCAGCCUUCUCCAGGUACAUCCACCAAGAGCGUAGAGCAGAACUCAUUUGAAGAAACUGCCGCAUCACCAACAAGCAGCGGAGCCCCUACGGAGAGCAUAGAGGAAACGUCAAGCCCACCUCCAGCAAUUUCAAUUACCAAAACGGGAAAGAUGACAGCUGAAACAAUGUUUUCUCAGCCUUCUCCAGGUACAUCCACCAAGAGCGUAGAGGAGACCUCAUCUGAAGAAACUGCCGCAUCACCAACAAGCAGCGGAGCCCCUACGGAGAGCAUAGAGGAAACGUCAAGCCCACCACCAGCAAUUUCAAUUACCAAAACGGGAAAGAUGACAGCUGAAACAACGUUUUCUCAGCCUUCUCCAGGUAAAUCCACCAAGAGCGUAGAGGAGACCUCAGGUAUAGAAACUUUCCCAAUACCAAGAAGUAGCAGAACCCCUACUGAUAGUACAGAGGAAACGUCAAGCCCACCUCCAGCAACUUCAUUUCCUGAAAUGCAAAAUACGACAGCUGAAACAACGGUUUCUCAGGCUUCUCCAAGUACAUCCACCAAGGUCGGAGAGGAGACCUCAGGUAUAGAAACUUUCCCAUCACCAAGAAGUAGCAAAAACCCUAUUGAUAGCACAGAGGAAACGUCAAGCCCACCUCCAGCAACUUCAGUUACCGAAACGGGAAAGACGAGAGCUGAAACAACGGUUUCUCCGCCUUCUCCAAGUACAUACACCAGGAGCGUAGAGCAGACCUCAUCUGAAGAAACUCGCACAUCACCAACAAGCAGUGGAGCCCCUACAGAGAGCAUAGAGGAAACGUCAAGCCCACCUCCAGCAACUUCAGUUACCGAAACAGGAAAGACGAGAGUUGAAACAACGGUUUCUCAGCCUUCUCCAGGUACAUCCACCAAGAGCGUAGGGGAGACCUCAGCUAUAGACACUUUCCAAUCACCAAGAAGUAGCAGAACCCCUACUGAUAGCACAGAGGAAACGUCAAGCCCACCUCCAGCAACUUCAGUUACCGAAACGGGAAAGACGAGAGCUGAAACAACAGUUUCUCAGCCUUCUCCAAGUAUAUCCACCAAGAGCGUAGAGCAGACCUCAGCUAUAGAAACUGCCGCAUCACCAACAAGCAGCGGUGCCCCUACAGAGAGCAUAGAGGAAACGUCUAGCCCACCUCCAGCAACUUCAGUUACCGAAACGGGAAGGACGAGAGCUGAAACAACGGUUUCUCAGCCAUCUCCAGGUACAUCCACCAAGAGCGUAGAGGAGACCUCAGCUGAAGAAACUGCCGCAUCACUAAGAAGUAGCAGAACCGCCAAUGAUAGCACAGAGGAAACGUCUAGCCCACCUCCAGCAACUUCAGUUACCGAAACGGGAAAGACGAUAGCUGAAACAACGGUUUCGCAGCCUUCUCCAGGUACAUCCACCAAGAGCGCAGAGCAGAUCUCAGCUGAAGAAACUGCCACAUUACCAACAAGCAGCGGAGGCCCUACUGAGAGCAUAGAGGAAACGUCAAGCCCACCUCCAGCAACUUCAGUUACCGAAACGGGAAAGACGAGAGCUGAAACAACAGUUUCUCAGCCUUCUCCAAGUACAUCCACCAAGAGCGUAGAGCAGACCUCAGCUAUAGAAACUGCCGCAUCACCAACAAGCAGCGGUGCCCCUACAGAGAGCAUAGAGGAAACGUCUAGCCCACCUCCAGCAACUUCAGUUACCGAAACGGGAAGGACGAGAGCUGAAACAACGGUUUCUCAGCCAUCUCCAGGUACAUCCACCAAGAGCGUAGAGGAGACCUCAGCUGAAGAAACUGCCGCAUCACUAAGAAGUAGCAGAACCGCCAAUGAUAGCACAGAGGAAACGUCUAGCCCACCUCCAGCAACUUCAGUUACCGAAACGGGAAAGACGAUAGCUGAAACAACGGUUUCGCAGCCUUCUCCAGGUACAUCCACCAAGAGCGCAGAGCAGAUCUCAGCUGAAGAAACUGCCACAUUACCAACAAGCAGCGGAGGCCCUACUGAGAGCAUAGAGGAAACGUCAAGCCCACCUCCAGCAACUUCAGUUACCGAAACGGGAAAGACGAGAGCUGAAACAACGGUUUCACAGCCUUCUCCAGGUACAUCCACCAAGAGCGCAGAGCAGAACUCAGCUGCAGAAACUGCCACAUCACCAACAAGCAGCGGAGCAUCUACAGAGAGCAUAGAGGAAACGUCAAGCCCACCUCCAGCAACUUCAGUGACCGAAACGGGAAAGACGAGAGCUGAAACAACGGUUUCGCAGCCUUCUCCAGGUACAUCCACCAAGAGCGUAGAGCAGACCUCAGCUGAAGAAGCUGUCGAAUCACCAACAAGCAGCGGAGGCCCUACUGAGAGCAUAGAGGAAACGUCAAGCCCACCUCGAGCAACUUCAGUUACCGAAACGGGAAAGACGAGAGCUGAAACAACGGUUUCUCAGCCUUCUCCAAGUACAUCCACCAAGAGCGUAGAGCAGACCUCAGCUGGAGAAUCUGCUGCAUCACCAACAAGCAGAAGAGCCCCUACUGAGAGCAUAGAGGAAACGUCAAGCCCACCUCCGGCAACUUCAGUUACCGAAACAGGAAAGACGAGAGCUGAAACAACGGUUUCUCAGGCUUCUCCAAGUACAUCCACCAAGAGCGUAGAGGAGACCUCAGCUAUAGAAACUUUCCAAUCACCAAGAAGUAGCAGAACCCCUACUGAUAGCACAGAGGAAACGUCAAGCCCACCUCCAGCAACUUCAGUUACCGAAACGGGAAAGACGAUAGCUGAAACAACGGUUUCUCAGCCUUCUCCAGGUACAUCUACCAAGAGCGUAGAGCAGACCACAGCUGAAGAAACUGACACAUCACAAACAAGCAGCGGAGCCCCUACGGAGAGAAUAGAGGAAACGUCAAGCACACCUACAGCAUCUUCUGUUACCGAAAUGGGAAAGACGAGAGCUGAAACAACGGUUUCGCAGCCUUCUCCAGGUACAUCCACCAAGAGCGUAGAGCAGAACUCAGUUGAAGAAACUGCCGCAUCACCAACAAGCAACGGAGCCCCUACUGAGAGCAUAGAGGAAACGUCAAGCCCACCUCCAGCAACUUCAGUUACCGAAACAGGAAGGACGAGAGCUGAAACAACGGUUUCUCAGGCUUCUCCAAGUACAUCCACCAAGAGCGUAGAGGAGACCUCAGCUAUAGAAACUUUCCAAUCACCAAGAAGUAGCAGAACCCCUACGGAGAGCAUAGAGGAAAUGUCAAGCCCACCUCCAACAAUUUCAGUUACCGAAACGGGAAAGACGAUAGCUGAAACAACGGUUUCUCAGCCUUCUCCAGGUACAUCUACCAAGAGCAUAGAGCAGACCACAGCUGAAGAAACUGACACAUCACAAACAAGCAGCGGAGCCCCUACGGAGAGAAUAGAGGAAACGUCAAGCACACCUACAGCAUCUUCUGUUACCGAAAUGGGAAAGACGAGAGCUGAAACAACGGUUUCGCAGCCUUCUCCAGGUACAUCCACCAAGAGCGUAGAGCAGAACUCAUUUGAAGAAACUGCCGCAUCACCAACAAGCAGCGGAGCCCCUACGGAGAGCAUAGAGGAAACGUCAAGACCACCUCCAGCAAUUUCAAUUACCAAAACGGGAAAGAUGACAGCUGAAACAAUGUUUUCUCAGCCUUCUCCAGGUACAUCCACCAAGAGCGUAGAGGAUACCUCAUCUGAAGAAACUGCCGCAUCACCAACACGCAGCGGAGCCCCUACGGAGGGCAUAGAGGAAACGUCAAGCCCACCUCCAGCAAUUUCAAUUACCAAAACGGGAAAGAUGACAGCUGAAACAACGUUUUCUCAGCCUUCUUCAGGUAAAUCCACCAAGAGCGUAGAGGAGACCUCAGGUAUAGAAACUUUCCCAAUACCAAGAAGUAGCAGAACCCCUACUGAUAGUACAGAGGAAACGUCAAGCCCACCUCCAGCAACUUCAUUUCCUGAAAUGCAAAAUACGACAGCUGAAACAACGGUUUCUCAGGCUUCUCCAAGUACAUCCACCAAGGGCGGAGAGGAGACCUCAGGUAUAGAAACUUUCCCAUCACCAAGAAGUAGCAAAAACCCUAUUGAUAGCACAGAGGAAACGUCAAGCCCACCUCCAGCAACUUCAGUUACCGAAACGGGAAAGACGAGAGCUGAAACAACGGUUUCUCCGCCUUCUCCAAGUACAUACACCAGGAGCGUAGAGCAGACCUCAUCUGAAGAAACUCCCACAUCACCAACAAGCAGUGGAGCCCCUACAGAGAGCAUAGAGGAAACGUCAAGCCCACCUCCAGCAACUUCAGUUACCGAAACAGGAAAGACGAGAGUUGAAACAACGGUUUCUCAGCCUUCUCCAGGUACAUCCACCAAGAGCGUAGGGGAGACCUCAGCUAUAGACACUUUCCAAUCACCAAGAAGUAGCAGAACCCCUACUGAUAGCACAGACGAAACGUCAAGCCCACCUCCAGCAACUUCAGUUAACGAAACGGGAAAGACGAGAGCUGAAACAACAGUUUCUCAGCCUUCUCCAAGUACAUCCACCAAGAGCGUAGAGCAGACCUCAGCUAUAGAAACUGCCGCAUCACCAACAAGCAGCGGUGCCCCUACAGAGAGCAUAGAGGAAACGUCUAGCCCACCUCCAGCAACUUCAGUUACCGAAACGGGAAGGACGAGAGCUGAAACAACGGUUUCUCAGCCAUCUCCAGGUACAUCCACCAAGAGCGUAGAGGAGACCUCAGCUGAAGAAACUGCCGCAUCACUAAGAAGUAGCAUAACCGCCAAUGAUAGCACAGAGGAAACGUCUAGCCCACCUCCAGGAACUUCAGUUACCGAAACGGGAAAGACGAGAGCUGAAACAACGGUUUCUCAGCCAUCUCCAGGUACAUCCACCAAGAGUGUAGAGCAGAACUCAGCUGCAGAAACUGCCACAUCACCAACAAGCAGCGGAGCAUCUACAGAGAGCAUAGAGGAAACGUCAAGCCCACCUCCAGCAACUUCAGUGACCGAAACGGGAAAGACGAGAGCUGAAACAACGGUUUCGCAGCCUUCUCCAGGUACAUCCACCAAGAGCGUAGAGCAGACCUCAGCUGAAGAAACUGUCGAAUCACCAACAAGCAGCGGAGGCCCUACUGAGAGCAUAGAGGAAACGUCAAGCCCACCUCCAGCAACUUCAGUUACCGAAACGGGAAAGACGAGAGCUGAAACAACGGUUUCUCAGCCUUCUCCAAGUACAUCCACCAAGAGCGUAGAGCAGAACUCAGCUGGAGAAUCUGCUGCAUCACCAACAAGCAGCAGAGCCCCUACUGAGAGCAUAGAGGAAACGUCAAGCCCACCUCCGGCAACUUCAGUUACCGAAACAGGAAAGACGAGAGCUGAAACAACGGUUUCUCAGGCUUCUCCAAGUACAUCCACCAAGAGCGUAGAGGAGACCUCAGCUAUAGAAACUUUCCAAUCACCAAGAAGUAGCAGAACCCCUACUGAUAGCACAGAGGAAACGUCAAGCCCACCUCCAGCAACUUCAGUUACCGAAACGGGAAAGACGAUAGCUGAAACAACGGUUUCUCAGCCUUCUCCAGGUACAUCUACCAAGAGCGUAGAGCAGACCACAGCUGAAGAAACUGACACAUCACAAACAAGCAGCGGAGCCCCUACGGAGAGAAUAGAGGAAACGUCAAGCACACCUACAGCAUCUUCUGUUACCGAAAUGGGAAAGACGAGAGCUGAAACAACGGUUUCGCAGCCUUCUCCAGGUACAUCCACCAAGAGCGUAGAGCAGAACUCAGUUGAAGAAACUGCCGCAUCACCAACAAGCAACGGAGCCCCUACUGAGAGCAUAGAGGAAACGUCAAGCCCACCUCCAGCAACUUCAGUUACCGAAACAGGAAGGACGAGAGCUGAAACAACGGUUUCUCAGGCUUCUCCAAGUACAUCCACCAAGGGCAUAGAGGAGACCUCAGGUAUAGAAACUUUCCCAUCACCAAGAAGUAGCGGAGCCCCUACGGAGAGCAUAGAGGAAAAGUCAAGCCCACCUCCAGCAACUUCAGUUACCGAAACGGGAAAGACGACAGCUGAAACAACGGUUUCUCAGCCUUCUCCAAGUACAUCCACCAAGAGCGUAGAGCAGACCUCUGCUAUACAAACUGCCGCAUCACCAACAAGCAGCGGAGUCCCUACGGAGAGCAUAGAGGAAAUGUCAAGCCCACCUCCAGCAACUUCAGUUACCGAAACGGGAAAGACGAUAGCUGAAACAAUGGUUUCUCCGCCUUCUCCAAGUACAUCCACCAGGAGCGUAGAGCAGACCUCAGCUGAAGAAACUGACACAUCACAAACAAGCAGCGGUGCCCCUACAGAGAGCAUAGAGGAAACGUCUAGCCCACCUCCAGCAACUUCAGUUUCUGAAACGGGAAGGACGAGAGCUGAAACAACGGUUUCUCAGCCAUCUCCAGGUACAUCCACCAAGAGCGUAGAGGAGACCUCAUCUGAAGAAACUGCCGCAUCACCAACAAGCAGCGGAGCCCCUACGGAGAGCAUAGAGGAAACGUCAAGCCCACCUCCAGCAAUUUCAAUUACCAAAACGGGAAAAAUGACAGCUGAAACAACGGUUUCUCAGCCUUCUCCAGGUACAUUUACCAAGAGCGUAGAGCAGACCUCAGCUAUAGAAAUUGCCGCAUCACCAACAAGCAAUGGAGCCCCUACUGAGAGCAUAGAGGAAACGUCAAGCCCACCUGCAGCAACUUCAGUUACCGAAACAGGAAGGACGAGAGCUGAAACAACGGUUUCUCAGGCUUCUCCAAGUACAUCCACCAAGGGCAUAGAGGAGACCUCAGGUAUAGAAACUUUCCCAUCACCAAGAAGUAGCGGAGCCCCUACUGAGAGCAUAGAGGAAAAGUCAAGCCCACCUCCAGCAACUUCAUUUACCGAAACGGGAAAGACGAGAGCUGAGACAACGGUUUCUCAGCCUUUUCCAGGUACAUCCACCAGGAGCGUAGAGCAGACCUCAUCUGAAGAAACUGCCGCAUCACCAACAAGCAGCGGAGCCCCUACUGAGAGCAUAGAGGAAACGUCAAGCCCAUCUCCAGCAACUUCAGUUACCAAAACGGGAAAGAUGAGAGCUGAAACAACGGUUUCUCAGCCUUCUCCAAGUACAUCCACCAAGAGCGUAGAGCAGACCUCAGCUGGAGAAUCUGCCGCAUCACCAACAAGCAGCGGAGCCCCUACUGAGAGCAUAGAGGAAACGUCAAGCCCACCUCCGGCAAUUUCAAUUACCGAAACGGGAAAGAUGACAGCUGAAACAACGUUUUCUCAGCCUUCUCCAGGUACAUCCACCAGGAGCGUAGAGCAGACCUCAUCUGAAGAAACUGCCGCGUCACCAACAAGCAGCGGACCCCCUACUGAGAGCAUAGAGGAAACGUCAAGCCCACCUCCAGCAACUUCAGUUACCGAAACAAGAAAGACGAGAGCUGAAACAACGGUUUCUCAGGCUUCUCCAAGUACAUCCACCAAGAGCGUAGAGGAUACCUCAGGUAUAGUAACUUUCCCUACACCAAGAAGUAGCAGAACCCCUACGGAGAGCAUAGAGGAAAUGUCAAGCCCACCUCCAACAAUUUCAAUUACCAAAACGGGAAAGAUGACAGCUGAAACAACGUUUUCUCAGCCUUCUCCAGGUACAUCCACCAAGAGCGUAGAGGAGACCUCAGGUGUAGAAACUUUCCCAAUACCAAGAAGUAGCAGAACCCCUACUGAUAGCACAGAGGAAACCUCAAGUCCACCUCCAGGAACUUCAGUUACCGAAACGGGAAAGACAAGAGCUGAAACAACGAUUUCUCAGCCUUCUCCAAGUACAUCCACCAAGAGCAUAGAGCAGACCUCAGCUGAAGAAACUGCCGCAUCACCAACAAGCAGCGGAGCCCCUACUGAGAGCAUAGAGGAAACGUCAAGCCCACCUCCAGCAUCUUCAGUUACCAAAACGGGAAAGACGAGAGCUGAAACAACGGUUUCGCAGCCUUCUCCAGGUACAUCCACCAAGAGCGUAGAGCAGACCUCAGCUGAAGAAACUGACGCGUCACAAACAAGCAGCGGAGCCCCUACUGAGAGCAUAGAGGAAACGUCAAGCCCACCUCCAGCAUCUUCAGUUACCAAAACGGGAAAGACGAGAGCUGAAACAACGGUUUCGCAGCCUUCUCCAGGUACAUCCACCAAGAGCGUAGAGCAGACCUCAUCUGAAGAAACUGCCGCAUCACCAACAAGCAGCGGAGCCCCUACUGAGAGCAUAGAGGAAACGUCAAGCCCACCUCCAGCAUCUUCAGUUACCGAAACGGGAAAGACAAGAGCUGAAACAACGGUUUCUCAGCCUUCUCCAAGUACAUCCACCAAGAGCAUAGAGCAGACCUCAGCUGAAGAAACUGCCGCAUCACCAACAAGCAGCGGAGCCCCUACUGAGAGCAUAGAGGAAACGUCAAGCCCAACUCCAGCAUCUUCAGUUACCAAAACGGGAAAGACGAGAGCUGAAACAACGGUUUCGCAGCCUUCUCCAGGUACAUCCACCAAGAGCGUAGAGCAGACCUCAGCUGAAGAAACUGACGCGUCACAAACAAGCAGCGGAGCCCCUACAGAAAGCAUAGAGGAAACGUCAAGCCCACCUGCAGCAACUUCAGUUACCGAAACGGGAAAGACGAGAGCUGAAACCACGGUUACUCAGCCUUCUCCAAGUACACCCACCAAGGGCAUAGAGGAGACCUCAGCUAUAGAAACUUCCCAAUCACCAACAAGCAGCGGAGCCCCUACUGAUAGUACAGAGGAAACGUCAAGCCCACCUCCAGCAACUUCAUUUCCAGAAAUGCAAAAUACGACAGCUGAAACAUCGGUUUCUCAGGCUUCUCCAAGUACAUCCACCAAGGGCGGUGAGGAGACCUCAGGUAUAGAAACUUUCCCAUCACCAAGAAGUAGCAAAACCCCUAUUGAUAGCACAGAGGAAACGUCAAGCCCACCUCCAGCAACUUCAGUUACCGAAACGGGAAAGACGAGAGCUGAAACAACGGUUUCUCCGCCUUCUCCAAGUACAUACACCAGGAGCGUAGAGCAGACCUCAUCUGAAGAAACUCCCACAUCACCAACAAGCAGCGGAGCCCCUACAGAGAGCAUAGAGGAAACGUCAAGCCCACCUCCAGCAACCUCAGUUACCGAAACAGGAAAGACGAGAGUUGAAACAACGGUUUCUCAGCCUGCUCCAGGUACAUCCACCAAGAGCGUAGGGGAGACAUCAGCUAAAGACACUUUCCAAUCACCAAGAAGUAGCAGAACCCCUACUGAUAGCACAGAGGAAACGUCAAGCCCACCUCCAGCAACUUCAGUUACCGAAACGGGAAACACGAGAGCUGAAACAACCGUUUCUCAGCCUUCUCCAAGUACAUCCACCAAGAGCGUAGAGCAGACCUCAGCUAUAGAAACUCCCGCAUCACCAACAAGCAGCGGUGCCCCUACAGAGAGCAUAGAGGAAACGUCUAGCCCACCUCCAGCAACUUCAGUUACCGAAACGGGAAGGACGAGAGCUGAAACAACGGUUUCUCAGCCAUCUCCAGGUACAUCCACCAAGAGCGUAGAGGAGACCUCAGCUGAAGAAACUGCCGCAUCACUAAGAAGUAGCAGAACCCCUAAUGAUAGCACAGAGGAAACAUCAAGCCCACCUCCAGGAACUUCAGUUACCGAAACGGGAAAGACGAGAGCUGAAACAACGGUUUCGCAGCCUUCUCCAGGUACAUCCACCAAGAGCGUAGAGGAGACCUCAGCUGAAGAAACUGACACAUCACAAACAAGCAGCGGAGCCCCUACGGAGAGCAUAGAGGAAACGUCAAGCCCACCUCCAGCAAUUUCAAUUACCAAAACGGGAAAGAUGACAGCUGAAACAACGUUUUCUCAGCCUUCUCCAGGUACAUCCACCAAGAGCGUAGAGGAGACCUCAUCUGAAGAAACUGCCGCAUCACCAACAAGCAGCGGUGCCCCUACAGAGAGCAUAGAGGAAACGUCUAGCCCACCUCCAGCAACUUCAGUUACCGAAACGGGAAGGACGAGAGCUGAAACAACGGUUUCUCAGCCAUCUCCAGGUACAUCCACCAAGAGCGUAGAGGAGACCUCAGCUGAAGAAACUGCCGCAUCACUAAGAAGUAGCAGAACCCCUAAUGAUAGCACAGAGGAAACAUCAAGCCCACCUCCAGGAACUUCAGUUACCGAAACGGGAAAGACGAGAGCUGAAACAACGGUUUCGCAGCCUUCUCCAGGUACAUCCACCAAGAGCGUAGAGGAGACCUCAGCUGAAGAAACUGACACAUCACAAACAAGCAGCGGAGCCCCUACGGAGAGCAUAGAGGAAACGUCAAGCCCACCUCCAGCAAUUUCAAUUACCAAAACGGGAAAGAUGACAGCUGAAACAACGUUUUCUCAGCCUUCUCCAGGUACAUCCACCAAGAGCGUAGAGGAGACCUCAUCUGAAGAAACUGCCGCAUCACCAACAAGCAGCGGAGCCCCUACGGAGAGCAUAGAGGAAACGUCAAGCCCACCUCCAGCAAUUUCAAUUACCAAAACGGGAAAAAUGACAGCUGAAACAUCGGUUUCUCAGCCUUCUCCAGGUACAUUUACCAAGAGCGUAGAGCAGACCUCAGCUAUAGAAAUUGCCGCAUCACCAACAAGCAGCGGAGCCCCUACUGAGAGCAUAGAGGAAACGUCAAGCCCACCUCCAGCAACUUCAGUUACCGAAACAGGAAGGACGAGAGCUGAAACAACGGUUUCUCAGGCUUCUCCAAGUACAUCCACCAAGGGCAUAGAGGAGACCUCAGGUAUAGAAACUUUCCCAUCACCAAGAAGUAGCGGAGCCCCUACGGAGAGCAUAGAGGAAAAGUCAAGCCCACCUCCAGCAACUUCAGUUACCGAAACGGGAAAGACGACAGCUGAAACAACGGUUUCUCAGCCUUCUCCAAGUACAUCCACCAAGAGCGUAGAGCAGACCUCUGCUAUACAAACUGCCGCAUCACCAACAAGCAGCGGAGUCCCUACCGAGAGCAUAGAGGAAAUGUCAAGCCCACCUCCAGCAACUUCAGUUACCGAAACGGGAAAGACGAUAGCUGAAACAACGGUUUCUCCGCCUUCUCCAAGUACAUCCACCAGGAGCGUAGAGCCGACCUCAGCUGAAGAAACUGACACAUCACAAACAAGCAGCGGUGCCCCUACAGAGAGCAUAGAGGAAACGUCAAGCCCACCUCCAGCAACUUCAGUUACUGAAACGGGAAGGACGAGAGCUGAAACAACGUUUUCUCAGCCUUCUCCAGGUACAUCCACCAAGAGCGUAGAGGAGACCUCAUCUGAAGAAACUGCCGCAUCACCAACAAGCAGCGGAGCCCCUACGGAGAGCAUAGAGGAAACGUCAAGCCCACCUCCAGCAAUUUCAAUUACCAAAAUGGGAAAAAUGACAGCUGAAACAUCGGUUUCUCAGCCUUCUCCAGGUACAUUUACCAAGAGCGUAGAGCAGACCUCAGCUAUAGAAAUUGCCGCAUCACCAACAAGCAGCGGAGCCCCUACUGAGAGCAUAGAGGAAACGUCAAGCCCACUUCCAGCAACUUCAGUUACCGAAACAGGAAGGACGAGAGCUGAAACAACGGUUUCUCAGGCUUCUCCAAGUACAUCCACCAAGGGCAUAGAGGAGACCUCAGGUAUAGAAACUUUCCCAUCACCAAGAAGUAGCGGAGCCCCUACGGAGAGCAUAGAGGAAAAGUCAAGCCCACCUCCAGCAACUUCAGUUACCGAAACGGGAAAGACGACAGCUGAAACAACGGUUUCUCAGCCUUCUCCAAGUACAUCCACCAAGAGCGUAGAGCAGACCUCUGCUAUACAAACUGCCGCAUCACCAACAAGCAGCGGAGUCCCUACCGAGAGCAUAGAGGAAACGUCAAGCCCACCUCCAGCAACUUCAGUUACCGAAACUGGAAAGACGAUAGCUGAAACAACGGUUUCUUCGCCUUCUCCAAGUACAUCCACCAGGAGCGUAGAGCAGACCUCAGCUGAAGAAACUGACACAUCACAAACAAGCAGCGGUGCCCCUACAGAGAGCAUAGAGGAAACGUCAAGCCCACCUCCGGCAACUUCAGUUACCGAAACAGGAAAGACGAGAGCUGAAACAACGGUUUCUCAGGCUUCUCCAAGUACAUCCACCAAGAGCGUAGAGGAGACCUCAGCUAUAGAAACUUUCCAAUCACCAAGAAGUAGCAGAACCCCUACUGAUAGCACAGAGGAAACGUCAAGCCCACCUCCAGCAACUUCAGUUACCGAAACGGGAAAGACGAUAGCUGAAACAACGGUUUCUCAGCCUUCUCCAGGUACAUCUACCAAGAGCGUAGAGCAGACCACAGCUGAAGAAACUGACACAUCACAAACAAGCAGUGGAGCCCCUACGGAGAGAAUAGAGGAAACGUCAAGCACACCUACAGCAUCUUCUGUUACUGAAAUGGGAAAGACGAGAGCUGAAACAACGGUUUCGCAGCCUUCUCCAGGUACAUCCACCAAGAGCGUAGAGCAGAACUCAGUUGAAGAAACUGCCGCAUCACCAACAAGCAGCGGAGCCCCUACGGAGAGCAUAGAGGAAACGUCAAGCCCACCUCCAGCAAUUUCAAUUACCAAAACGGGAAAAAUGACAGCUGAAACAACGGUUUCUCAGCCUUCUCCAGGUACAUUUACCAAGAGCGUAGAGCAGACCUCAGGUAUAGAAAUUGCCGCAUCACCAACAAGCAGCGGAGCCCCUACUGAGAGCAUAGAGGAAACGUCAAGCCCACCUCCAGCAACUUCAGUUACCGAAACAGGAAGGACGAGAGCUGAAACAACGGUUUCUCAGGCUUCUCCAAGUACAUCCACCAUGGGCAUAGAGGAGACCUCAGGUAUAGAAACUUUCCCAUCACCAAGAAGUAGCGGAGCCCCUACGGAGAACAUAGAGGAAAAGUCAAGCCCACCUUCAGCAACUUCAGUUACCGAAACGGGAAAGACGACAGCUGAAACAACGGUUUCUCAGCCUUUUCCAAGUACAUCCACCAAGAGCGUAGAGCAGACCUCAGCUGAAGAAACUGACACAUCACUCACAAGCAGCGGAGCCCCUACGGAGAGCAUAGAGGAAAUGUCAAGCCCACCUCCAGCAACUUCAGUUACCGAAACGGGAAAGACGAUAGCUGAAACAACGGUUUCUCCGCCUUCUCCAAGUACAUCCACCAGGAGCGUAGAGCAGACCUCAGCUGAAGAAACUGACACAUCACAAAGAAGCAGCGGUGCCCCUACAGAGAGCAUAGAGGAAACGUCUAGCCCACCUCCAGCAACUUCAGUUACUGAAACGGGAAGGACGAGAGCUGAAACAACGGUUUCUCAGCCAUCUCCAGGUACAUCCACCAAGAGCGUAGAGGAGACCUCAGCUGAAGAAACUGCCGCAUCACUAAGAAGUAGCAGAACCCCUAAUGAUAGCACAGAGGAAACAUCAAGCCCACCUCCAGGAACUUCAGUUACCGAAACGGGAAAGACGAGAGCUGAAACAACGGUUUCUCAGCCUUCUCCAGGUACAUCCACCAAGAGCGCAGAGCAGAUCUCAGCUGAAGAAACUGCCACAUCACCAACAAGCAGCGGAGGCCCUACUGAGAGCAUAGAGGAAACGUCAAGCCCACCUCCAGCAACUUCAGUUACCGAAACGGGAAAGACGAGAGCUGAAACAACGGUUUCUCAGCCUUCUCCAAGUACAUCCACCAAGAGCGUAGAGCAGACCUCAGCUGGAGAAUCUGCUGCAUCACCAACAAGCAGCGGAGCCCCUACUGAGAGCAUAGAGGAAACGUCAAGCCCACCUCCGGCAACUUCAGUUACCGAAACAGGAAAGACGAGAGCUGAAACAACGGUUUCUCAGGCUUCUCCAAGUACAUCCACCAAGAGCGUAGAGGAGACCUCAGCUAUAGAAACUUUCCAAUCACCAAGAAGUAGCAGAACCCCUACUGAUAGCACAGAGGAAACGCCAAGCCCACCUCCAGCAACUUCAGUUACCGAAACGGGAAAGACGAGAGCUGAAACAACGGUUUCGCAGCCUUCUCCAGGUACAUCCACCAAGAGCGUAGAGCAGACCUCAGCUGAAGAAACUGCCGCAUCACCAACAAGCAGCGGAGCCCCUACGGAGAGCAUAGAGGAAACGUCAAGCCCACCUCCAGCAAUUUCAAUUACCAAAACGGGAAAGAUGACAGCUGAAACAACGGUUUCUCAGCCUUCUCCAAGUACAUCCACCAAGAGCGUAGAGCAGACCUCAGCUUUAGAAAUUGCCGCAUCACCAACAAGCAGCGGAGCCCCUACUGAGAGCAUAGAGGAAACGUCAAGCCCAUCUCCAGCUACUUCAGUUACCGAAACAGGAAAGACGAGAGCUGAAACAACGGUUUCUCAGGCUUCUCCAAGUACAUCCACCAAGAGCGUAGAGGAGACCUCAGCUAUAGAAACUUUCCAAUCACCAAGAAGUAGCAGAACCCCUACUGAUAGCACAGAGGAAACGUCAAGCCCACCUCCAUCAACUUCAGUUACCGAAAGGGGAAAGACGACAGCUGAAACAACGGUUUUUCAGCCUUCUCCAAGUACAUCCACCAAGAGCGCAGAGCAGAUCUCAGCUGAAGAAACUGCCACAUCACCAACAAGCAGCGGAGGCCCUACUGAGAGCAUAGAGGAAACGUCAAGCUCACCUCCAGCAACUUCAGUUACCGAAACGGGAAAAACGAGAGCUGAAACAACGGUUUCUCAGCCUUUUCCAGGUACAUCCACCAAGAGCGUACAGGACACCUCAGCUGAAGAGACCGUCCCAUCACCAAGAAGUAGCACAACCCCUACUGAUAGGUUAGAAGAGACAUCAAGCCCACCUCCAUUAACUUCAUUUAUCCAAACGGGAAGGGUGCCACAGACGGCUGCCAUGUCUCCAAAACCUAAAAUUACCACCAUAGACAACAAUGAGUUUACAUUAACUGUUGACUCCUCCACAUCUCCCAUGUUUACAGUUUCCCUCGCGUUGACAUCGCCUGAAGCUUACCCUUCUUCUUCACCUUCAUUCAUCCCCGCAGAACGCACGCCGUUAACACUGGCUGACAAGAUACCGGUAGCUGUCUCUUUCCUGUCUACACCUCCAGCAGAAAGGAGAGUGUCACCACCACCUGAUGACAUAACAGCUUCCCUCAUGCCCAAGACAUCUCCCAGUGAGACAACACAGAUAACACGAGCCAAGGACACAACCAUUUCUUGGCUGACUACAACACAUCCAACUAUGAUGAGAAAGGUUACUACAGGUGGAGUGACAGUCAGUUCCCUCCUGGGUACAGUCUCUUUCCAUAGGAGCACAGAUUUAAAAUUAGCUGAAGACCCAACUUCUUUUCCCAUGACCACAACAUCUCCGACUGCCAGGGCAAAACCAACCACAUUUGAUGAGACCACCACUUAUUUCAUGACCACAACGUCUCCCACUGAAAAGACAUGGUUAACCACAGCAGCAGAGUCAAGUCCUUCUUCAUUGACUACAAUCUAUCCCACUGAGAGUACAAAGUUCACAACAGCUGAGGAGGCUACAUCCUCCAUCCUGCCUCCAACAAUGGUUUCAGAGGUCAUGCCAGCUGAUAAGACACCGAAAGUGGGAAAGUUAUCCACUUCCCGUCCUUCUUCCGGGGGUCCUGCAGAGACCACGGCAGUACCAUCACAUGAGAAGACAUCGUCUUUUCAAAUGUAUCCCACUGAGAUUACUGAGGUAAAAUCUUCUCAAGGGACAGCCACCUCUUUCUCUAAAAUGUUUUCUGUUGAGAGUGAAAUGUUUACUUCAGCCAUAGAAGAGAGGUCCUCUUUCCUCUCAUCUCCUUCUGAUAGGACAGUGUCCACCUCAGCUGGAGAGCCAAGCUCUUCUGCCCUGAGUGUUAUCUCUCGACACGAGGGGGCAGAGUUAACAUCAGCUGGGAUGGGAACCACUCACCCUCUGUUUGUAACAUCUCCCCCACCAGUGACCAUGUUAACAUCAGCUGAAGGCCCAACUGCCUCUCGAAUGACUGACGUGACACCAUCUGAGGGGAAGCAGCUAACCUCAGAGACAGCCUCAACCAUAUCUCCCAUGACUUCAGCGUUUCCCCCUGACACACCAACAGAAGUGGAGACAUCGAUUCCUCGGCAUUCCACUGGGCCUUCAGCAGACACUGACAAAGCACAGUCGCAGGAAGAGGCGUCUUCUAACCCUUCCUCUGAUAGUACAGAGGUGCCAACUUCUCUCCUUUCUAAAAGGUCCACCGUUGAGAGUACAGCGCUCACCUCAACCCUAGCCAGUACAUCCUCUUCCCUCUUCGCUGCAUUAUCUCCCACAGAGAGUUCUGAGUUAGCGCCAGCUGAAAUGAAGCCCACUUCCUUCUUCAGUACUGUGUCCAGAUCAGCUGAAGGGACCACCACUGCCCACCAGACUCCAUUUCCCACGGAGAAGACAGUGGCAACGUCAAGCGGAGCUGAGACAUCUUCUUCUGUCUUCACUCCCUCUCAGCGUAUGGAGGAAAUACCCACCGAAGAGACAUCUUCUCACCCAGCAUCAACAGCCGAGAGUACAAGGUCUGCUACAUCAACUGGCCUGGAGGCGUCUCCAAUUAUCCAGACUGUGAGGACUACCACCAAGACACCCGCUUCUCCCACAACUACAGCAAUGUCCUCUGCAAAGAUGGCCCCUUUGCUGUCUACUACAUCAUUAGCCACAGAGGUCACCUCAGCCAAAAAGGUCCCAAGUCCUGUCCCAGAGAGAACGAAGGGGAUCUCAUUUGAAGGGACAACCAUCUCCCUCCGGACUGUGACGUCUCCCUCUGCGAGGACAACCGUUUCAUCAGCUACAGUAGAGAUUCUGGUGGCAGGAAGCCUGCUGCCUUUGUUUCCAACACAGGCAACAACAGCAUCUUCAGAAGCCACAUUUUCUCCAAUCUCCACUACGGUUCCCCCACCAAGUACUGAAAAUGAAUCCAAUACCACCAAAAAGACAACGGGGCGAAUAUCAACAUCUUCAGCAGCCACAACUUCUGUGAUGUCCACUACAGUUCCCCCAUCAAGUACGGAAACUGAAUCCAGUACCACCACAAAGACAACAGGACCAAUAUCAACAUUUGCAGAAGCCACAACUUCUGUGAUCUCCACUACGGUUCCCCCAUCAAGUACGGAAACUGAAUCCAGUACCCUCACAAAGACAACAGGACCAAUAUCAAAAUCUGCAGAAACCACAACAUCUGUGAUCUCCACUACAAUUCCCCCAUCAAGUACAGAAACUAAAUCCAGUACCGCCACAAAGACAACAGGUCCAAUAUCAACAUCUGCAGAAGCCACAACUUCUGUGAUGUCCACUAUGGUUCCCCCAUCAAGUACCGAAACUGAAUUCAGUACCGCCAGAAAGACAACAGGGCCAAUAUCAACAUCUGCAGAAGCUACAACAUCUGUAAUCUCCACUACAAUUCCCCCAUCAAGUACAGAAACUGAAUCCAGUACCGCCACAAAGACAACAGGACCAAUAUCAACAUCUGUAGAAGCCACAACUUCUGUGAUCUCCACUACGGUUCCCCCAUCAAGUACAGAAACUGAAUCCAGUACCGCCAAAAAGACAACAGGACCAAUAUCAACAUCUGCAGAAGCCGCAACUUCUGUGAUCUCCACUACGGUUCCCCCAUCAAGUACAGAAACUGAAUCCAGUACCGCCAAAAAGACAACAGGACCAAUAUCAACAUCUGCAGAAGCCGCAACUUCUGUGAUCUCCACUACGGUUCCCCCAUCAAGUACCGAAACUGAAUCCAGUACCACCACAAAGGCAACAGGACCAAUAUCAACAUCUGCAGAAGCCGCAACUUCUGUGAUCUCCACUACGGUUCCCCCAUCAAGUACCGAAACUGAAUCCAGUACCACCACAAAGACAACAGGGCCAAUAUCAAAAUCUGCAGAAGCCACAACAUCUCUGAUAUCCACUACAAUUCCCCCAUCAAGUACGGAAACUGAAUCCAGUACCGUCACAAAGACAACAGGACAAAUAUCAACAUCUGCAGAAGCCACAACUUCUGUGAUCUCCACUACAGUUCCCCCAUCAAGUACCGAAACUGAAUCCAGUACCGCCACUAAGACAACAGGACCAAUAUCAACAUCUGCAGAAGCCACAACUUCUGUAAUCUCCACUACGGUUCCCCCAUCAAGUACCGAAACUGAAUCCAGUACCGCCACAAAGACAACAGGACAAAUAUCAACAUCUGCAGAAGCCACAACUUCUGUGAUCUCCACUACAGUUCCCCCAUCAAGUACCGAAACUGAAUCCAGUACCGCCACUAAGACAACAGGACCAAUAUCAACAUCUGCAGAAGCCACAACUUCUGUAAUCUCCACUACGGUUCCCCCAUCAAGUACCGAAACUGAAUCCAGUACCGCCACAAAGACAACAGGACCAAUAUCAACAUCUGCAGAAGCCACAACUUCUGUGAUCUCCACUACGGUUCCCCCAUCAAGUACCGAAACUGAAUCCAGUACCGCCAGAAAGACAACGGGUCCAAUAACAAGAUCUGCAGAAGCCACAACUUCUGUGAUCUCCACUACGGCUCCCACAUCAAGUACCAAAACUGAAUCCAGUAUCACCACAAAGACAACAGGGCCAAUAUCAACAUCUGCAGAAGGCACAACUUCUGUAAUCUCCACUACAGUUCCCGCAUCAAAUACAGAAACUGAAUCCAGUACCCUCACAAAGACAAAAGGACCAAUAUCAAAAUCUGCAGAAGCCACAACUUCUGUAAUCUCCACUACGGUUCCCCCAUCAAGUACCGAAACUGAAUCCAGUACCGCCACAAAGACAACAGGACCAAUAUCAACAUCUGCAGAAGCCACAACUUCUGUGAUCUCCACUACGGUUCCCCCAUCAAGUACCGAAACUGAAUCCAGUACCGCCAGAAAGACAACGGGUCCAAUAACAAGAUCUGCAGAAGCCACAACUUCUGUGAUCUCCACUACGGCUCCCACAUCAAGUACCAAAACUGAAUCCAGUAUCACCACAAAGACAACAGGGCCAAUAUCAACAUCUGCAGAAGGCACAACUUCUGUAAUCUCCACUACAGUUCCCGCAUCAAAUACAGAAACUGAAUCCAGUACCCUCACAAAGACAAAAGGACCAAUAUCAAAAUCUGCAGAAGCCACAACUUCUGUGAUCUCCACUACGGUUCCCUCCUCAAGUAUGGAAGCUGAAUCCAGUACCCUCACAAAGACAACAGGUCCAAUUUCAACGUCUGCAGAAGCCACAACUUCUGUGAUGUUCACUACGGUUCCCCCAUCAAGUACCGAAACUGAAUCCAGUACCACCACAAAGACAACAGGUCCAAUAUCAACAUCUGCCACAACUUCUGUGAUGUCCACCAUGGUUCCCCCAUCAAGUACCGAAACUGAAUUCAGUACCGCCAGAAAGACAACAGGGCCAAUAUCAACAUCUGCAGAAGCUACAACAUCUGUGAUCUCCACUACAAUUCCCCCAUCAAGUACAGAAACUGAAUCCAAUACCACCAAAAAGACAACAGGGCGAAUAUCAACAUCUGCAGAAGCCACAACUUCUGUGAUGUCCACUACAGUUCCCCCAUCAAGUACCGAAACUGAAUCCAGUACCGCCACAAAGACAACAGGUCCAAUUUCAACAUCUGCAGAAGCCACAACUUCUGUGAUCUCCACUACGGUUCCCCCAUCAAGUACCGAAACUGAAUCCAAUACCGCCAGAAAGACAACAGGACCAAUAUCAACAUCUGCAGAAGCCACAACUUCUGUGAUCUCCACUACGGUUCCCCCAUCAAGUACCGAAACUGAAUCCAGAACCACCACAAAGACAACCGGGCCAAUAUCAACAUCUGCAGAAGCCGCAACUUCUGUGAUCUCCACUACGGUUCCCCCAUCAAGUACCGAAACUGAAUCCAGUACCACCACAAAGACAACAGGGCCAAUAUCAAAAUCUGCAGAAGCCACAACAUCUCUGAUAUCCACUACAAUUCCCCCAUCAAGUACGGAAACUGAAUCCAGUACCGUCACAAAGACAACAGGACAAAUAUCAACAUCUGCAGAAGCCACAACUUCUGUGAUCUCCACUACAGUUCCCCCAUCAAGUACCGAAACUGAAUCCAGUACCGCCACUAAGACAACAGGACCAAUAUCAACAUCUGCAGAAGCCACAACUUCUGUAAUCUCCACUACGGUUCCCCCAUCAAGUACCGAAACUGAAUCCAGUACCGCCACAAAGACAACAGGACCAAUAUCAACAUCUGCAGAAGCCACAACUUCUGUGAUCUCCACUACGGUUCCCCCAUCAAGUACCGAAACUGAAUCCAGAACCACCACAAAGACAACCGGGCCAAUAUCAACAUCUGCAGAAGGCACUAGUUCUGUAAUCUCCACUACGGUUCCCGCAUCAAAUACAGAAACUGAAUCCAGUACCCUCACAAAGACAACAGGGCCAAUAUCAAAAUCUGCAGAAGCUACAACAUCUGUGAUCUCCACUACAAUUCCCCCAUCAAGUACCGAAACUGAAUCCAGUACCGCCACAAAGACAACUGGUCCAAUAUCAACAUCUGCAGAAGCCACGACUUCUGUGAUGUCCACUACGGUUCCCCCAUCAAGUACAGAAACUGAAUCCAGUACCACCACAAAGACAACAGGGCCAAUAUCAACAUCUGCAGAAGCCACAACAUCUGUGAUGUCCACUACAGUUCCCCCAUCAAGUACCGAAACUGAAUCCAGUACCGCCAGAAAGACAACAGGACCAAUAUCAACAUCUGCAGAAGCCACAACUUCUGUGAUCUCCACUGCAGUUCCCCCAUCAAGUACCGAAACUGAAUCCAGUACUGCCAGAAAGACAACAGGACCAAAAUCAACAUCUGCAGAAGCCACAACUUCUGUGAUCUCCACUACGGUUCCCCCAUCAAGUACCGAAACUGAAUCCAGUACCACCACAAAGACAACAGGACCAAUAUCAACAUCUGCAGAAGCCACAACUUCUGUGAUCUCCACUACGGUUCCCCCAUCAAAUACAGAAACUGAAUCCAGUACCACCACAAAGACAACAGGACCAAUAUCAACAUCUGCAGAUGCCACAACUUCUGUGAUCUCCACUACGGUUCCCCCAUCAAGUACCGAAACUGAAUCCAGUACCGCCAGAAAGACAACGGGUCCAAUAACAAGAUCUGCAGAAACCACAACUUCUGUGAUCUCCACUACAGUUCCCCCAUCAAGUACCGAAACUGAAUCCAGUACGACCACAAAGACAACAGGGCCAAUAUCAACAUCUGCAGAAGCCACAACUUCUGUGAUCACCACUACGGUUCCCUCAUCAAGUACGGAAACUGAAUCCAGUACCCUCACAAAGACAACAGGACCAAUAACAACAUCUGCAGAAGCCACAACAUCUGUGAUCUCCACUACAAUUUCCCCAUCAAGUACAGAAACUGAAUCCAGUACCGCCAGAAAGACAACCGGACCAAUAUCAAAAUCUGCAGAAGCCACAACUUCUGUGAUCUCCACUACGGUUCCCUCCUCAACUACGGAAAUUGAAUCCAGUACCACCACAAAGACAACAGGUCCAAUAUCAACAUCUGCAGAAGCCACAACUUCUGUGAUGUCCACUACGGUUCCCCCAUCAAGUACCGAAACUGAAUCCAGUACCGCCACAAAGACAACAGGUCCAAUAUCAACAUUUGCAGAAGCCACAACUACUGUGAUCUCGACUACACCUCCCCCAUCAAGUACCGAAACUGAAUCCAGUACCGCCAGAAAGACAACAGGACCAAUAUCAACAUCUGCAGAAGCCACAACUUCUGUGAUCUCCACUACGGCUCCCCCAUCAAGUACCAAAACUGAAUCCAGUAUCACCACAAAGACAACAGGGCCAAUAUCAACAUCUGCAGAAGGCACAACUUCUGUAAUCUCCACUACGGUUCCCGCAUCAAAUACAGAAAAUGAAUCCAGUACCCUCACAAAGACAAAAGGACCAAUAUCAAAAUCAGCAGAAGCCACAACUUCUGUGAUCUCCACUACGGUUCCCUCCUCAAGUACGGAAACUGAAUCCAGUACCGCCACAAAGACAACCGGGCCAAUAUCAACAUCUGCAGAAGGCACAAGUUCUGUAAUCUCCACUACGGUUCCCGCAUCAAAUACAGAAACUGAAUCCAGUACCCUCACAAAGACAACAGGACCAAUAUCAAAAUCUGCAGAAGCCACAACUUCUGUGAUGUCCACUACGGUUCCCUCAUCAAGUACGGAAACUGAAUCCAGUACCACCACAAAGACAACAGGUCCAAUAUCAACAUCUGCCACAACUUCUGUGAUGUCCACUAUGGUUCCCCCAUUAAGUACCGAAACUGAAUCCAGUACCACCACAAAGACAACAGUGCCAAUAUCAACAUCUGCAGAAGCCACAACUUCUGUAAUCUCAACUACGGUUCCCGCAUCAAAUACAGAAACUGAAUCCAGUACCCUCACAAAGACAACAGGACCAAUAUCAAAAUCUGCAGAAGCCACAACUUCUGUGAUGUCGACUACAGUUCCCUCAUCAAGUACGGAAACUGAAUCCAGUACCAUCACAACGACAACAGGUCCAAUAUCAAAAUCUGUAGAAGCCACAACUUCUGUGAUCUCCACUACGGUUCCCUCCUCAAGUACGGAAACUGAAUCCAGUACCAUCACAAAGACAACAGGUCCAAUAUCAACAUCUGCAGAAGCCACAACAUCUGUGAUCUCCACUCCGGUUCCCCCAUCAAGUACCGAAACUGAAUCCAGUACCGCCAGAAAGACAACAGGACCAAUAUCAAGAUCUGCAGAAGCCACAACUUCUGUGAUCUCCACUACGGUUCCCUCAUCAAGUACGGAAACUGAAUCCAGUACCACCACAAAGACAACAGGUCCAAUAUCAACAUCUGUCACAACUUCUGUGAUGUCCACUACGGUUCCCCCAUCAAGUACAGAAACAGAAUCCAGUACCACCACAAAGAAAACAGGGCCAAUAUCAACGUCUGCAGAAGCCACAACUUCUGUGAUUUCCACUACAGUUCCCCCAUCAAGUACGGAAACUGAAUCCAGUACCGCCAGAAAGACAACAGGGCCAAUAUCAACAUCUGCAGAAGCUACAACAUCUGUGAUCUCCACUAGAAUUCUGCCAUCAAGUACAGAAACUGAAUCCAGUACCGCCAGAAAGACAACAGGUCCAAUAUCAACAUCUGCAGAAGCCACAACUUCUGUGAUGUCCACUACGGUUACCCCAUCAAGUACAGAAACUGAAUCCAGUACCGCCAAAAAGACAACAGGGCCAAUAUCAACGUCUGCAGAAGCCACAACUUCUGUGAUUUCCACUACAGUUCCCCCAUCAAGUACCGAAACUGAAACCAGUACCACCACAAAGACAACAGGGCCAAUAUCAACGUCUGCAGAAGCCACAACUUCUGUGAUGUCCACUACGGUUCCCUCAUCAAGUACGGAAACUGAAUCCAGUACCACCACAAAGACAACAGGUCCAAUAUCAACAUCUGCCACAACUUCUGUGAUGUCCACUAUGGUUCCCCCAUCAAGUACAGAAACAGAAUCCAGUACCACCAGAAAGACAACAGGGCCAAUAUCAACGUCUGCAGAAGCCAAAACUUCUGUGAUGUCCACUACAGUUCCCCCAUCAAGUACGGAAACUGAAUCCAGUACUGCCAGAAAGACAACAGGGCCAAUAUCAACAUCUGCAGAAGCUACAACAUCUGUGAUCUCGACUACAAUUCCCCCAUCAAGUACAGAAACUGAAUCCAGUACCGCCAGAAAGACAACAGGUCCAAUAUCAACAUCUGCAGAAGCCACAACUUCUGUGAUGUCCACUACGGUUCCCCCAUCAAGUACAGAAACUGAAUCCAGUACCGCCACAAAGACAACAGGUCCAAUAUCAACAUCUGCAGAAGCCACAACUUCUGUGAUCUCCACUACAGUUCACCCAUCAAGUACGGAAACUGAAUCCAGUACCGCCAAAAAGACAACCGGACAAAUAUCAGCAUCUGCAGAAGCCACAACAUCUGUGAUCUCCACUACGGUUCCCCCAUCAAGUACCGAAACUGAAUCCAGUACCACCACAAAGACAACAGGGCCAAUAUCAACAUCUGCAGAAGCCACAACUUCUGUAAUCUCCACUACGGUUCCCGCAUCAAAUACAGAAACUGAAUCCAGUACCCUCACAAAGACAACAGGACCAAUAUCAAAAUCUGCAGAAGCCACAACUUCUGUGAUGUCCACUACGGUUCCCUCAUCAAGUACGGAAACUGAAUCCAGUAUCACCACAAAGACAACAGGGCCAAUAUCAACAACUGCAGAAGCCACAACUUCUGUGAUCUCCACUACGGUUCCCCCAUCAAGUACCGAAACUGAAUCCAGUACCAGGACAAAGACAACAGGGCGAAUAUCAACACCUGAGGAAGCCACAGCUUUUGUGAUCUCCACUACACUUCUCCCAUCAAGUACCGAAACUGAAUCCACUACAUCUAGAGAAACAAGAUCUACAAUGCUAUCAGAACAAUCAACAUAUUCUCCCCUGCAGACCACAGAGAUCCCAUCAAGUACUGAGGCUCUAUCCACUUCACCAAAGGACAUUAAAGGGCUAACAUCAACUGCACCAGAAGCCACCACUUCUCCACUGCAGACCACAGAGAUCCCAUCAAGUACUGAGGCUCUAUCCACUUCUCCAAUUGAGAUUACAAGGCUGACAUCAACUGCACCAGAAGCCACCACUUCUCCACUGCAGACCACGGAGAUCCCAUCAAGUACUGAGCCUAUAUCCACUUCACCAAAGGAGACAACAUUCAUGACAUCAACUGCAGCAGAAGCCACCACUUCUCCACUGCAGACCACAGAGAUCCUAUCACGUACUGAGGCUCUAUCCACUUCUCCAACGGAGACUACAAGGCUGACAUCAACUGCACCAGAAGCCACCACUUCUCCACUGCGGACCACAGAGAUCCCAUCAACUACUGAGGCUCUAUCCACUUCUCCAAUGGAGACUACAAGGCUGACAUCAACUGCACCAGAAGCCACCAUUUCUCCACUGCAGACCACAGAGAUCCCAUCAACUACUGAGGCUCUAUCCACUUCACCAAAGGAGACGACAUUGAUGACAUCAACUGCACCAGAAGCCACCACUUCUCCACUGCAGACGACCGAGAUCCCAUCAAGUACUGAGGCUCUUUCCACUUCACCAAAGGAGACGACAUUGAUGACAUCAACUGCACCAGAAGCCACCACUUCUCCACUGCAGACCACCGAAAUCCCCUCAAGUACUGAGGCUCUCUCCACUUCACCAAAGGAGACAACAUUGAUGAAAUCAACUGCACCAGAAGCCACCACUUCUCCACUGCAGACCACAGAAAUCCCAUCAAGUACUGAGGCUCUAUCCACUUCUCCAAAGGAGACUACAUUGAUGACAUCAACUGCACCAGAAGCCACCACUUCUCCACUGCAGACCACAGAAAUCCCAUCAAGUACUGAGGCUCUCUCCACUUCACCAAAGGAGACUACAUUGAUGACAUCAACUGCACCAGAAGCCACCACUUCUCCACUGCAGACCACAGAAAUCCCAUCAAGUACUGAGGUUCUAUCCACUUCUCCAAAGGAGACAACAUUGAUGACAUCAACUGCACCAGAAGCCACCACUUCUCCACUGCAGACCACAGAGAUCCCAUCAAGUACUGAGCUUUUAUCCACUUCUCCAAUGGAGACGACAUUGAUGACAUCAACUGCACCAGAAGCCACCACUUCUCCACUGCAGACCACAGAGAUUACAUCAAGUACUGAGGCUCUAUCCACUUCUCCAAUGGAGACGACAUUGAUGACAUCAACUGCACCAGAAGCCACCACUUCUCCCCUCCAGACCACCGAGAUCCCAUCAAGUACUGAGGUUCUAUUCACUUCUCCAAUGGAGACUACCUUGAUGACAUCAACUGCACCAGAAGCCACCACUUCUCCACUGCAGACCACAGAGAUCCCAUCAAGUACUGAGGUUCUAUCCACUUCUCCAAAGGAGACAACAUUGAUGACAUCAACUGCAGCAGAAGCCACCACUUCUCCACUGCAGACCACAGAGAUCCCAUCAAGUACUGAGGCUCUCUCCACUUCACCAAAGGAGACUACAUUGAUGACAUCAACUGCACCAGAAGCCACCACUUCUCCCCUCCAGACCACAGUGAUCCCAUCAAGUACUGAGGCUCUCUCCACUUCACCAAAGGAGACGACAUUGAUGACAUCAACUGCACCAGAAGCCACCACUUCUCCCCUCCAGACCACAGAAAUCCCAUCAAUUACUGAGGCUCUUUCCACUUCUCCAACGGAGAUGACAUUGAUGAUAUCAACUGCACCAGAAGCCACCACUUCUCCACUGCAGACCACAGAGAUACCAUCAAUUACUGAGGCUCUUUCCACUGCUCUGAAAGAGACUACAGGACUGACAUCAACUGCGCCAGAAGCCACCACUUCUCCACUGCAGACCACAGAGAUCCCAUCAAGUACUGAGGUUCUAUCCACUUCUCCAAAGGAGACAACAUUGAUGACAUCAACUGCACCAGAAGCCACCACUUCUCCACUGCAGACCACAGAGAUCCCAUCAAGUACUGAGGUUCUAUCCACUUCUCCAAAGGAGACAACAUUGAUGACAUCAACUGCACCAGAAGCCACCACUUCUCCCCUCCAGACCACCGAGAUCCCAUCAAGUACUGAGGUUCUAUUCACUUCUCCAAUGGAGACUACCUUGAUGACAUCAACUGCACCAGAAGCCACCACUUCUUCACUGCAGACCACAGAGAUACCAUCAAGUACUGAGUCUCUAUCCACUUCACCAAAGGAGACGACAUUGAUGACAUCACCUGCCCCAGAAGCCACCUCUUCUCCACUGCAGACCACUGAGAUCCCAUCAAGUACUGAGGCUCUAUCCACUUCUCCAAAGGAGACAACAUUGAUGACAUCAACUGCACCAGAAGCCACCACUUCUCCAAUGCAGACCACAGAGAUCCCAUCAAGUGCUCAGGCUCUCUCCACUUCACCAAAGGAGACCACAUUGAUGACAUCAAGUGCACCAGAAGCCACCACUUCUCCACUGCAGACCACCGAGAUCCCAUCAAGUACUGAGGCUCUAUCCACUUCUCUAAAGGAGACUACAGGGCUAACAUCAACUGCAGCAGAAGCCACCACUUCUCCACUGCAGACCACCGAGAUCCCAUCAAGUACUGAGGCUAUAUCCACUUCUCCAAAGGAGACAACAUUGAUGACAUCAACUGCACCAGAAGCAACCACUUCUUCACUGCAGACCACCGAGAUCCCAUCAAGUACUGAGGCUCUAUCCACUUCUCCAAAGGAGACUACAUUGAUGACAUCAACUGCACCAGAAGCCACCACUUCUCCACUGCAGACCACCGAGAUCCCAACAAGUACUGAGGCUAUAUCCACUUCUCCAAAGGAGACUACAUUGAUGACAUCAACUGCACCAGAAGCCACCACUUCUCCACUGCAGACCACAGAGAUCCCAUCAAGUACUGAGGCUCUCUCCACUUCACCAAAGGAGACUACAUUGAUGACAUCAACUGCACCAGAAGCCACCACUUCUCCCCUCCAGACCACAGAAAUCCCAUCAAUUACUGAGGCUCCUUCCACUUCUCCAACGGAGAUGACAUUGAUGAUAUCAACUGCACCAGAAGCCACCACUUCUCCACUGCAGACCACAGAGAUACCAUCAAUUACUGAGGCUCUUUCCACUGCUCUGAAAGAGACUACAGGACUGACAUCAACUGCGCCAGAAGCCACCACUUCUCCACUGCAGACCACAGAGAUCCCAUCAAGUACUGAGGUUCUAUCCACUUCUCCAAAGGAGACAACAUUGAUGACAUCAACUGCACCAGAAGCCACCACUUCUCCACUGCAGACCACAGAGAUCCCAUCAAGUACUGAGGUUCUAUCCACUUCUUCAAAGGAGACAACAUUGAUGACAUCAACUGCACCAGAAGCCACCACUUCUCCCCUCCAGACCACCGAGAUCCCAUCAAGUACUGAGGUUCUAUUCACUUCUCCAAUGGAGACUACCUUGAUGACAUCAACUGCACCAGAAGCCACCACUUCUCCACUGCAGACCACCGAGAUCCCAUCAAGUACUGAGGCUCUAUCCACUUCUCUAAAGGAGACUACAGGGCUAACAUCAACUGCAGCAGAAGCCACCACUUCUCCACUGCAGACCACCGAGAUCCCAACAAGUACUGAGGCUAUAUCCACUUCUCCAAAGGAGACAACAUUGAUGACAUCAACUGCACCAGAAGCAACCACUUCUUCACUGCAGACCACCGAGAUCCCAUCAAGUACUGAGGCUCUAUCCACUUCUCCAAAGGAGACUACAUUGAUGACAUCAACUGCACCAGAAGCCACCACUUCUCCACUGCAGACCACCGAGAUCCCAACAAGUACUGAGGCUAUAUCCACUUCUCCAAAGGAGACUACAUUGAUGACAUCAACUGCACCAGAAGCCACCACUUCUCCACUGCAGACCACAGAGAUCCCAUCAAGUACUGAGGCUCUCUCCACUUCUCCAAAGGAGACGACAUUGAUGACAUCAACUGCACCAGAAGCCACCAGUUCUCCCCUCCAGACCACAGAAAUCCCAUCAAGUACUGAGGCUCUCUCCACUUCACCAAAGGAGACGACAUUGAUGACAUCAACUGCACCAGAAGCCACCACUUCUACACUGCAGACCACAGAGAUACCAUCAAUUACUGAGGCUCUUUCCACUGCUCUGAAAGAGACUACAGGACUGACAUCAACUGCGCCAGAAGCCACCACUUCUCCACUGCAGACCACAGAGAUCCCAUCAAGUACUGAGGUUCUAUCCACUUCUCCAAAGGAGACAACAUUGAUGACAUCAACUGCACCAGAAGCCACCACUUCUCCACUGCAGACCACAGAGAUCCCAUCAAGUACUGAGGUUCUAUCCACUUCUCCAAAGGAGACAACAUUGAUGACAUCAACUGCACCAGAAGCCACCACUUCUCCCCUCCAGACCACCGAGAUCCCAUCAAGUACUGAGGUUCUAUUCACUUCUCCAAUGGAGACUACCUUGAUGACAUCAACUGCACCAGAAGCCACCACUUCUUCACUGCAGACCACAGAGAUACCAUCAAGUACUGAGUCUCUAUCCACUUCACCAAAGGAGACGACAUUGAUGACAUCACCUGCCCCAGAAGCCACCUCUUCUCCACUGCAGACCACUGAGAUCCCAUCAAGUACUGAGGCUCUAUCCACUUCUCCAAAGGAGACAACAUUGAUGACAUCAACUGCACCAGAAGCCACCACUUCUCCAAUGCAGACCACAGAGAUCCCAUCAAGUGCUCAGGCUCUCUCCACUUCACCAAAGGAGACCACAUUGAUGACAUCAACUGCAGCAGAAGCCACCACUUCUCCACUGCAGACCACCGAGAUCCCAACAAGUACUGAGGCUAUAUCCACUUCUCCAAAGGAGACAACAUUGAUGACAUCAACUGCACCAGAAGCAACCACGUCUUCACUGCAGACCACCGAGAUCCCAUCAAGUACUGAGGCUCUAUCCACUUCUCCAAAGGAGACUACAUUGAUGACAUCAACUGCACCAGAAGCCACCACUUCUCCACUGCAGACCACCGAGAUCCCAACAAGUACUGAGGCUAUAUCCACUUCUCCAAAGGAGACUACAUUGGAGACAUCAACUGCACCAGAAGCCACCACUUCUCCACUGCAGACCACAGUGAUCCCAUCAAGUACUGAGUCUCUAUCCACUUCACCAAAGGAGACUACAUUGAUGACAUCAACUGCACCAGAAGCCACCACUUCUCUACUGCAGACCACAGAAAUCCCAUCAAGUACUGAGGCUCUCUCCACUUCUCCAAAGGAGACUACAGGGCUGACAUCAACUGCACCAGAAGCCACCACUUCUCCACUGCAGACCACAGAAAUCCCAUCAAGUACUGAGGCUCUCUCCACUUCACCAAAGGAGACGACAUUGAUGACAUCAACUGCACCAGAAGCCACCACUUCUCCACUGCAGACCACAGAAAUCCCAUCAAGUACUGAGGCUCUCUCCACUUCACCAAAGGAGACAACACUGAUGACAUCAACUGCACCAGAAGCAACCACUUCUCCACUGCAGACCACAGAGAUCCCAUCAAGUACUGAGGCUCUCUCCACUUCACCAAAGGAGACGACAUUGAUGACAUCAACUGCACCAGAAGCCACCACUUCUCCCCUCCAGACCACAGAAAUCCCAUCAAUUACUGAGAUUCUAUCCACUUCUCCAACGGAGAUGACAUUGAUGACAUCAACUGCACCAGAAGCCACCACUUCCCCACUGCAGACCACAGAGAUACCAUCAAUUACUGAGGCUCUUUCCACUGCUCUGAAAGAGACUACAGGACUGACAUCAACUGCACCAGAAGCCACCACUUCUCCACUGCAGACCACAGAGAUACCAUCAAGUACUGAGGUUCUAUUCACUUCUCCAAUGGAGACUACCUUGAUGACAUCAACUGCACCAGAAGCCACCACUUCUCCACUGCAGACCACAGAGAUACCAUCAAGUACUGAGGCUCUAUCCACUUCUCCAACGGAGACUACCUUGAUGACAUCAACUGCACCAGAAGCCACCACUUCUCCACUGCAAACCACAGAGAUCCCAUCAAGUACUGAGGUUUUAUCCACUUCUCCAAUGGAGACAACAUUGAUGACAUCAACUGCACCAGAAGCCACCACUUCUCCACUGCAGACCACCGAGAUCCCAUCAAGUACUGAGGUUCUAUUCACUUCUCCAAUGGAGACUACCUUGAUGACAUCAACUGCACCAGAAGCCACCACUUCUCCACUGCAGACCACAGAGAUACCAUCAAGUACUGAGGCUCUAUCCACUUCUCCAACGGAGACUACCUUGAUGACAUCAACUGCACCAGAAGCCACCACUUCUCCACUGCAGACCACAGAGAUCCCAUCAAGUACUGAGGUUUUAUCCACUUCUCCAAUGGAGACAACAUUGAUGACAUCAACUGCACCAGAAGCCACCACUUCUCCACUGCAGACCACCGAGAUCCCAUCAAGUACUGAGGUUCUAUUCACUUCUCCAAUGGAGACUACCUUGAUGACAUCAACUGCACCAGAAGCCACCACUUCUUCACUGCAGACCACCGAGAUCCCAUCAAGUACUGAGGCUCUAUCCACUUCACCAAAGGAGACGACAUUGAUGACAUCACCUGCCCCAGAAGCCACCUCUUCUCCACUGCAGACCACCGAGAUCCCAUCAAGUACUGAGGCUCUAUCCACUUCUCCAAAGGAGACAACAUUGAUGACAUCAACUGCACCAGAAGCCACCACUUCUCCACUGCAGACCACAGAGAUCCCAUCAAGUGCUCAGGCUCUCUCCACUUCACCAAAGGAGACCACAUUGAUGACAUCAAGUGCACCAGAAGCCACCACUUCUCCACUGCAGACCACCGAGAUCCCAUCAAGUACUGAGGCUAUAUCCACUUCUCCAAAGGAGACGACAUUGAUGACAUCAACUGCACCAGAAGUAACCACUUCUUCACUGCAGACCACAGAGAUCCCAUCAAGUACUGAGGUUCUCUCCACUUCUCCAAAGGAGACAACAUUGAUGACAUCAACUGCACUAGAAGCCACCACUUCUCCACUGCAGACCACCGAGAUCCCAUCAAGUACUGAGGCUCUCUCCACUUCUCCAAAGGAGACAACAUUGAUGACAUCAACUGCACCAGAAGCAACCACUUCUCCACUGCAGACUACAGAGAUCCCAUCAAGUACUCAGGCUCUCUCCACUUCACCAAAGGAUACUACAUUGAUGACAUCAACUGCAUCAGAAGCCACCACUUCUCCACUGCAGACCACCGAGAUCCCAUCAAGUACUGAGGCUCUAUCCACUUCUCCAGUAGAAACUACAGAGUUAACAUCAACUGUACAUGUUACAUCUACUAUUCCCGUUGUCCCUGUGGAGGUCACGUCUAGUGGAGAACAUCCAUCGACCUCUGAAAUGUGGACUACUGAGUUAACAUCAUGGUCAAGAGCUCUUUCUACUUCCCAUGGGGAGACUACUGGAUUCACAUCAGAGACAGCCACCACUCUAGAGACAGAGAGAGCCACCAAUGGCAACGAAUCUGUGAUCCAGCCUGUUACCGAGAGGCCAAUCCUGCAACCGGGAGGUGUUAAGAAUGCCACAACACCACAAGCAACUACGCCCCAUGUCGGAACAACAAACUCUUCCACAAAGCCUCUUCUGCCUCCACUUAUACCUGCAACAGCCCGUACAACCACCAAAAUCACUCCAGCAGCGACAACCCCCAGACAGCAUCCAGUAACUUCCUCCAUGGCACCCCAGUUGACAAGUAAGAAAAUCCCAUCAAGUACUGAGGCUCUAUCCACUUCACCAAAGGAGACUACAUUGAUGACAUCAACUGCACCAGAAGCCACCACUUCUCCACAGCAGACCACAGAAAUCCCAUUAAGUACUGAGGUUCUAUCCACUUCUCCAACGGAGACUACCUUGAUGACAUCAACUGCACCAGAAGCCACCACUUCUCCACUGCAGACCACCGAGAUCCCAUCAAGUACUGAGGUUCUAUCCACUUCUCCAACGGAGACUACCUUGAUGACAUCAACUGCACCAGAAGCCACCACUUCUCCACUGCAGACCACCGAGAUCCCAUCAAGUACUGAGGUUCUAUCCACUUCUCCAACGGAGACUACCUUGAUGACAUCAACUGCACCAGAAGCCACCACUUCUCCACUGCAGACCACCGAGAUCCCAUCAAGUACUGAGGCUCUAUCCACUUCACCAAAGGAGACUACAUUGAUGACAUCAACUGCACCAGAAGCCACCACUUCUCCACUGCAGACGACCGAGAUCCCAUCAAGUACUGAGGCUCUUUCCACUUCUCUGAAAGAGACUACAGGACUGACAUCAACUGCACCAGAAGCCACCACUUCUCCACUGCAGACCAUAGAAAUCCCAUCAAGUACUGAGGCUCUUUCCACUUCACCAAAGGAGACGACAUUGAUGACAUCAACUGCACCAGAAGCCACCACUUCUCCACUGCAGACCAUAGAAAUCCCAUCAAUUACUCAGGCUCUUUCCACUUCUCUGAAAGAGACUACAGGGCUAAAAUCAACUGCACCAGAAGCCACCACUUCUCCACUGCAGACCACAGAGAUCCCAUCAAGUACUGAGGCUCUAUCCACUUCUCCAACGGAGACUACAUUGAUGACAUCAACUGCACCAGAAGCCACCACUUCUCUACUGCAGACCACAGAGAUUACAUCAAGUACUCAGGCUCUAUCCACUUCUCCAACGGAGACUACAUUGAUGACAUCAACUGCACCAGAAGCCACCACUUCUCCACUGCAGACCACAGUGAUCCCAUCAAGUACUGAGGCUCUCUCCACUUCACCAAAGGAGACGACAUUGAUGACAUCAACUGCACCAGAAGCCACCACUUCUCCACUGCAGACCACCGAGAUCCCAUCAAGUACUGAGGCUCUAUCCACUUCUCCAACGGAGACUACAUUGAUGGCAUCAACUGCACCAGAAGCCACCACUUCUCCACUGCAGACCACCGAGAUCCCAUCAAGUACUGAGGCUCUAUCCACUUCUCCAACGGAGACUACAUUGAUGGCAUCAACUGCACCAGAAGCCACCACUUCUCCACUGCAGACCACAGAAAUCCCAUCAAGUACUGAGGCUCUAUCCACUUCUCCAAAGGAGACUACAGGGCUGACAUCAACUGCACCAGAAGCCACCACUUCUCCACUGCAGACCACCGAGAUCCCAUCAAGUACUGAGGCUCUCUCCACUUCACCAAAGGAGACUACAUUGAUGACAUCAACUGCACCAGAAGCGACCACUUCUCCACUGCAGACCACCGAGAUCCCAUCAAGUACUGAGGCUCUAUCCACUUCUCCAAAGGAGACAACAUUGAUGACAUUAACUGCACCAGAAGCCACCACUUCUCCACUGCAGACCACCAAGAUCCCAUCAAGUACUGAGGCUCUUUCCACUUCACCAAAGGAGACGACAUUGAUGACAUCAACUGCACCAGAAGCCACCACUUCUCCACUGCAGACCAUAGAAAUCCCAUCAAUUACUCAGGCUCCUUCCACUUCUCUGAAAGAGACUACGGGGCUAAAAUCAACUGCACCAGAAGCCACCACUUCUCCACUGCAGACCACAGAGAUCCCAUCAAGUACUGAGGCUCUAUCCACUUCACCAAAGGAGACUACAUUGAUGACAUCAACUGCACCAGAAGCCUCCACUUCUCCACUGCAGACCAUAGAAAUCCCAUCAAUUACUCAGGCUCUUUCCACUUCUCUGAAAGAGACUACAGGGCUAAAAUCAACUGCACCAGAAGCCACCACUUCUCCACUGCAGACCACAGAGAUCCCAUCAAGUACUGAGGCUCUAUCCACUUCUCCAACGGAGACUACAUUGAUGACAUCAACUGCACCAGAAGCCACCACUUCUCUACUGCAGACCACAGAGAUUACAUCAAGUACUCAGGCUCUAUCCACUUCUCCAACGGAGACUACAUUGAUGACAUCAACUGCACCAGAAGCCACCACUUCUCCACUGCAGACCACAGUGAUCCCAUCAAGUACUGAGGCUCUCUCCACUUCAGCAAAGGAGACGACAUUGAUGACAUCAACUGCACCAGAAGCUACCACUUCUCCACUGCAGACCACCGAGAUCCCAUCAAGUACUGAGGCUCUCUCCACUUCACCAAAGGAGACUACAUUGAUGGCAUCAACUGCACCAGAAGCCACCACUUCUCCACUGCAGACCACAGAAAUCCCAUCAAGUACUGAGGCUCUAUCCACUUCACCAAAGGAGCCUACAUUGAUGACAUCAACUGCACCAGAAGCCACCACUUCUCCACUGCAGACCACCGAAAUCCCCUCAAGUACUGAGGCUCUAUCCACUUCACCAAAGGAGCCUACAUUUAUGACAUCAACUGCACCAGAAGCCACCACUUCUCCACUGCAGACGACCGAGAUCCCAUCAAGUACUGAGGCUCUCUCCACUUCACCAAAGGAGACUACAUUGAUGACAUCAACUGCACCAGAAGCCAUCACUUCUCUACUGCAGACCACAGAAAUCCCAUCAAGUACUGAGGCUCUAUCCACUUCUCCAACGGAGACUACAUUGAUGGCAUCAACUGCACCAGAAGCCACCACUUCUCCACUGCAGACCACAGAGAUUACAUCAAGUACUGAGGCUCUAUCCACUUCUCCAAUGGAGACGACAUUGAUGACAUCAACUGCACCAGAAGCCACCACUUCUCCCCUCCAGACCACCGAGAUCCCAUCAAGUACUGAGGUUCUAUUCACUUCUCCAAUGGAGACUACCUUGAUGACAUCAACUGCACCAGAAGCCACCACUUCUUCACUGCAGACCACAGAGAUACCAUCAAGUACUGAGGCUCUAUCCACUUCACCAAAGGAGACUACAGGGCUGACAUCAAGUGCACCAGAAGCCACCACUUCUCCACUGCAGACCACAGAGAUCCCAUCAAGUACUGAGGCUCUCUCCACUUCUCCAAAGGAGACAACAUUGAUGACAUCAACUGCAGCAGAAGCCACCACUUCUCCACUGCAGACCACAGAGAUCCCAUCAAGUACUGAGGCUCUAUCCACUUCUCCAGUAGAAACUACAGAGUUAACAUCAACUGUACAUGUUACAUCCACUAUUCCCGUUGUCCCUGUGGAGGUCACGUCUAGUGGAGAACAACCAUCAACCUCUGCAAUGUGGACUACUGAGUUAACAUCAUGGUCAAGAGCUCUUUCUACUUCCCAUGGGGAGACUACUGGAUUCACAUCAGAGACAGCCACCACUCUAGAGACAGAGAGAGCCACCAAAGGCAACGAAUCUGUGAUCCAGCCUGUUACCGAGAGGCCAAUCCUGCAACCGGGAGGUGUUAAGAAUGCCACAACGCCACAAGCAACUACGCCCCAUGUCGGAACAACAAGCUCUUCCACAAAGCCUCUUCUUCCUCCACUUAUACCUACAACAGCCUGCACAACCACCAAAAUCACUCCAGUAUGGACAACCCCCAGACAGCAUCCAGUAAUUUCCUCCAUGGCACCCCAGUUGACAACCACUCUGCCCACGGCAGCCCAAACAACAACCCCAAUUCCAGCUGUCGAACAAUUCACCGUCAAUUUCACCACCACCAACCUCAAGUACAGGGAAGAGAUGGGAACUCACAAUUCCAAAAUAUUCAAUGCAACGGAGAGAGAUCUCAUCCGCCUGCUUGACAGAAUCCUCCUCAACAGCAGCAUUGGCCCGGCAUAUCUGAGGUGCAAAGUGACUCAACUCAGACCGGUGAGAGACGGGGAUGAAACCGGAAUGGACGCUGUCUGCACUUACCGCAAUGACUCCACCAUGCCCUCCUUUGACCGGGUGAAGGUGUACCACGAGAUCGUCAACCAGACCAAUGGUUUCACCGAGAUGGGGCAAUACUAUCUGGAAAGAUACAGCCUCUACGUCAACGGUUAUAAUGAAGCCCCUCUUGAAACAACCACUCUGCCCACGCCAGCCCAAACAACAACCCCAAUUCCAGCGGUUGAACAAUUCACUGUCAAUUUCACCAUCACCAACCUCAAGUACAGGGAAGAGAUGGGACGACCCAAUUCAAAAAUAUUCAACGCAACGGAAAGAGCACUCAUUGAAGUGCUUGGAAAAUUCCUCAGCAACAGCAGCAUUGGCCCUGCGUAUCUGGGGUGCAAAGUGACUCAACUGAGACCAGUGAAGAACGGGGAUGAAACUGGAAUGGACGCCAUCUGCACUUACCGCAAUGACUCCACCAGUCCCGCCUUUGACCGAGUGAAGGUGUACCACGAAAUCGUCAACCAGACGGACAACUUCAGCAAGAUGGGGCCCUAUGAGGUGGAAAGAUACAGCCUCUACGUCAAUGGUUAUCAUGAAGACCCCCCUGAAACAACCACUCUGCCCACGCCAGCCCAAACGACAACCCCAAUUCCAAUGGUUGAACAAUUCACCGUCAAUUUCACCGCCACCAACCUCAAGUACAGGGAAGAGAUGGGACAACCCAAUUCAAAAAUAUUCAAUGCAACGGAAAGAGCACUCAUCGCAGUGCUUGGAAAAUUCCUCAGCAACAGCAGCAUUGGCCCUGCGUAUCUGGGGUGCAAAGUGACUCAACUGAGACCAGUGAAGAACGGGGAUGAAACUGGAAUGGACGCCAUCUGCACUUACCGCAAUGACUCCACCAGUCCCGCCUUUGACCGAGUGAAGGUGUACCACGAAAUCGUCAACCAGACGGACAACUUCAGCAAGAUGGGGCCCUACAAGGUGGAAAGAUACAGCCUCUACGUCAAUGGUUAUCAUGAAGACCCUCCUGAAACAACCACUCUGCCCACGCCAGCCCACACAACAACCCCAAUUCCAGUGGUUGAACAAUUCACCGUCAAUUUCACCGUCACCAACCUCAAGUACAGGGAAGAGAUGGGACAACCCAAUUCAAAAAUAUUCAAUGCAACGGAAAGAGCACUCACCACAGUGCUUGGCAAAUUCCUCAGCAACAGCAGCAUUGGCCCUGCGUAUCUGGGGUGCAAAGUGACUCAACUGAGACCAGUGAAGAACGGGGAUGAAACUGGAAUGGACGCCAUCUGCACUUACCGCGAUGACUCCACCAGUCCCCACUUUGACCGAGUGAAGGUGUACCACGAAAUCGUCAACCAGAUGGACAACUUCAGUGAAAUGGGGCCCUACAAGGUGGAAAGAUACAGCCUCUACGUCAAUGGUUAUCAUGAAGACCCUCCUGAAACAACCACUCUGCCCACGCCAGCCCAAACGACAACCCCAAUUCCAGUGGUUGAACAAUUCACCGUCAAUUUCACCGUCACCAACCUCAAGUACAGGGAAGAGAUGGGACGACCCAAUUCAAAAAUAUUCAAUGCAACGGGAAGAGCACUCACCACAGUGCUUGGCAAAUUCCUCAGCAACAGCAGCAUUGGCCCUGCAUAUCUGGGGUGCAAAGUGACUCAACUCAGACCAGUGAAGAACGGGGAUGAAACCGGAAUGGACGCCAUCUGCACUUACCGCAAUGACUCCACCAGUCCCGCUUUUGACCGAGUGAAGGUGUACCAUGAAAUCGUCAACCAGACGGACAACUUCAGCAAAAUGUGGCCCUACGAGGUGGAAAGAUACAGCCUCUACGUCAAUGGUUAUCAUGAAGACCCUCCUGAAACAACCACUUUGCAAGCACCAACACAAACACCAACCCCGACCCCAGUGUUUGAACACUUCACCGUCAACUGUACCGUAAUCAACCUCAGAUACAAGCCAGAAAUGGGAACUCCCAACUCAAAGACCUUCAACGCUACAGAGAAAGCGCUCACUAUGUUGUUUGGAAGACUUCUUCGCAACAGCAGCAUUGGCCCAGCGUUCGUGCAAUGUGAAGUGACUCAACUGAGACCAGUGAGAAACGGGGAUGAAACUGGAAUGGAUGCUGUCUGCAUUUACCGCAAUGACUCCACCACGCCAGCCUUUGACCGGGUGAAGGUGUACCAUGAAAUUGUAAACCAGACCAACGGCUUCACCGAGAUGGGUCCCUACAAAAUGGAAAGAUACAGCCUCCAUGUCAACGGUUAUCAUGAAGUCCCAGGUGAAUCAACCCCUCCACCAGCCCUGACACCAACCCCAACCCCGGCAGUUGAACCCUUCACCGUCAACUGGACUGUAACCAACCUCAAGUAUAACCCAGAAAUGGGGAUGCCCAAUUCAAAGGCCUUCAACGCUACAGAGAAAGCUCUCACCACGCUGCUGGGAAGAAUGCUCCGCAAAAGCAGUAUUGGCCCGGCGUAUGUGGGGUGCAAAGUGACUCAGCUCAGACCUGUGAGUAACGGGGAUGAAACCGGAAUGGAUGCUGUCUGCACUUACCGCAACGACUCCACCACGCCCGCCUUUGACCGGGUGAAGGUGUACCAUGAAAUCGUCAACCAGACCAACGGUUUCACUGAUAUGGGUCCCUACAAGCUGGAAAGAUACAGCCUCUACGUCAAUGGUUAUCAUGAAGUUCCUGUUUCAUCAACCACUCGGCCAACGCCAACACAAACGCCAACCCCAAUCCCAGCACUUCAACACUUCACCCUCAACUGUACCGUGACCAACCUCAGAUACAAGCCAGAAAUGGGAACUCCCAACUCAAAGGCUUUCAACGCUACGGAGAGAGCGCUCACCGUGCUGUUUGGAAGAAUUCUUCACAACAGUGGCAUUGGCCAGGCAUUCUUGGGAUGCAAAGUGACUCAGCUCAGACUGGUGGGAGACGGGGAUGAAACCGGAAUGGACGCCGUCUGCACUUACCACAAUGACUCCACCAGUCCCGCCUUUGACCGAGUGAAGGUGUACCACGAAAUCGUCAACCAGACGGACAACUUCAGCAAGAUGGGGCCCUACAGCAUGGAAAGAUACAGCCUCUACGUCAACGGUUAUAAUGAAGUCCCAGUUGAAUCAACCCCUCCACCAGCCCUGACACCAACCCCAACCCCGGCAGUUGAACCCUUCACCGUCAACUGGACUGUAACCAACCUCAAGUAUAACCCAGAAAUGGGGACGCCCAAUUCAAAGGCCUUCAACGCUACAGAGAAAGCUCUCACCACUCUGCUGGGAAGAAUGCUCCGCAAGAGCAGUAUUGGCCCGGCGUAUGUGGGGUGCAAAGUGACUCAGCUCAGACCUGUGAGUAAUGGGGAUGAAACCGGAAUGGAUGCCGUCUGCACUUACCGCAAUGACUCCACCACGCCCGCCUUUGACCGGGUGAAGGUGUACCAUGAAAUCGUCAACCAGACCAACGGUUUCACCAAGAUGGGUCCCUACAAGAUGGAAAGAUACAGCCUCUACGUCAAUGGUUAUCAUGAAGCUCCUGUUUCAUCAACCACUCGGCCAACGCCAACACAAACGCCAACCCCAAUCCCAGCACUUCAACACUUCACCCUCAACUGUACCAUAACCAACCUCAGAUACAAGCCAGAAAUGGGAACUCCCAACUCCAAGGCUUUCAACGCUACGGAGAAAGCGCUCACCGUGCUGUUUGGAAGAAUUCUCCACAACAGCGGCCUUGGCCAGGCAUUCUUGGGAUGCAAAGUGACUCAGCUCAGACUGGUGAGAGACGGGGAUGAAACCGGAAUGGACGCCGUCUGCACUUACCGCAAUGACUCCACCACGACCUCCUUUGACCGAGUGAAGGUGUACCAUGAGAUCGUCAACCAGACGGACAACUUCAGCAAGAUGGGGCCCUACAGCAUGGAAAGAUACAGCCUCUACGUCAACGGCUAUAACGAACAGCCUCGCGAAACAACUGUUUUGCCCCCAGUGCCAACCAAAGCACCAACCCCAACCCCAGCCCUGGCGGUUGAACGAUUCACUGUGAACUGCACCGUAACCAACCUCAGAUACAAGCCGGAGAUGGGAACUCCCAAUUCGAAGGUGUUCAACUCCACAGAGAAAGCACUCACCACCCUGCUUGGCAGAAUCUUCUCCGGAAGCAGUAUCGGCCCAGAGUAUUCGGGAUGCAAAGUCACAGCUUUGAAACCAGUGAGAGACGGGGAUGAAACUGGAAUGGACGCCGUCUGCACUUACCGCAAAGACUCCACCACACCCGCCUUUGACCGGGUGAAGGUGUACCAUGAAAUUGUCAACCGGACCAACGGUUUCACCGAGAUGGGUCCCUACAACAUGGAAAGAUACAGCCUCUGCGUCAAUGGCUACAAUGAGCAACCUCUCAGAUCAACUGUUUUGCCCCCAGUGCCAACCAAAGCACCAACCCCAACCCCAGCCCUGGCGGUUGAACGAUUCACUGUGAACUGCACCGUAACCAACCUCAGAUACAAGCCGGAGAUGGGAACUCCCAAUUCGAAGGUGUUCAACUCCACAGAGAAAGCACUCACCACCCUGUUUGGAAGAAUCCUCCAGAGUAGCAGUAUCGGCUCGGCAUUUAUGGGAUGCAAAGUGUCAACUCUGAGACCAGUGCAAAACGGGGACGAAACUGGGAUGGAUGCCGUCUGCUCUUACCGGAUCAGCUCUGCUGCACCAGCGUUCGAUCGAGUGAAUGUGUACCACGAAAUCGUUAACCGGACAAGGAGCUUCUCCAAGAUGGGCCCCUACGACUUGGAGAGAUACAGUCUCUGCGUCAACGGAUAUAAGGAAGUCCCUCUGGAACCAUCAACAACUCAGACCCCCCCAGCUUGGGCAAUUGAACACUUCACCGUCAAUUACACUGUCACUAACCUCAAAUACAAGUCGGAAAUGGGAAUUCUGCAUUCGAAGGUCUUCAAUGCCACAGAAAAAGCUCUCACCACGGUGCUUGGCAGAGUCAUCUCCAGUGGAAGAAGCAUCGGCCCAAACUAUCAGGGAUGCCGAGUGACAGCUCUGAGGCUGUUGAGAGAUGGGGACGAAAUGGCAAUGGACGCUGUCUGUGCCUACAGGGCACCAUCCUCCUCACCCCCCUUUGACCGAGUAACUGUGUACCACGAAAUUGUGAACAAGACCAAUGGCUUCACCAAGAUGGGGCCCUACAAUCUGAGCCCAAACAGCCUCUUUGUGAACGGUUACAAGGAAGCAUCACAUCCUACAACUGCCUCGCCCGCCACUCCUCGACCUCCAAUGGCAGUGGAUCACUUUACAGUGAACUACACCGUGACGAACCUCAUCUACAAGCCAGAGAUGGGCACUCCCCAGUCGAAGGUGUUCAACGCGACGGAGAAGGCCCUUUCGGCGCUGAUGGGUCGAGCAGUGCGGACAAGCAGCGUUGGUUCUGCGCUCAUGGGAUGCAGAGUUUCGGAGUUCAGAUCCAUAGAUGACGGGAAGAACACUGGUGUGGACAGCGUCUGCAGCUACCAGAGAGACUUGAUGGCAUCCCCUUUUGACCGGAUGCAGGUAUAUCGGGAGAUUGUCAACAAGACAAAGGACUUCACCAAGAUGGGGCCCUACGACCUGGACCAGGACAGCCUCCUUGUGAAUGGUUAUCAUGAACUAUCUCGUCAACCCGGCUUUGUCCCAACUCCUCCCCACCCUCCAGCCAGUGAACACUUCACGACCAACUUCACUCUGACCAACCUCAGAUACAAGGCGGAGAUGGGGGAUCCGAGUUCGAAAGCUUUCACUUCCACACAGAGAGUUGUAACCACUUUGCUGGGCCAAAUGUUGAGGAAAAGCAGCAUUGGAGAAGCCUAUUCCGGAUGCAAGGUUACGGCUUUACGGUCUUCGGAUGGUGUGACGGCAACUACGGUGGAUACCGUCUGCAGCUACCAGCGAGAUGCGGCGGCGCCACAAUUCGACCGAGUGAAGGUGUACCGGGAGCUGAUAAAUAUGACCAAUGGCAUGACCAAGAUGGGGCCCUACACUCUAGACAAGGACAGCCUCUACGUCAAUGGUUACAGCGACCUGCGUAGCAUUCCGUAUCUCCCCGCCGCGACCCCUGCCAAGAUGCCAACUUUGCGGAAUUUCACGGUCAGCUACACCUUGUCCAGCCUCCCCUACACGAAUGACAUGGGGACCCCUGGUUCUCGCAAGUUCAACGCCACGGAGAAAGCCCUGAACUUCUACAUGGAGCCUCUUCUCAAGAAAACACACGUUGGCCCGGCGUUUGCGAACUGCCAAGUGGAGAGAUUUCGGGCUCCACAAACCAGGCAUGCUGUGGCGGUGGACACUGUCUGCACCUACUGGGAAGAUCUUCUCCCUGCCCCCUUAGACCAAGCGAGGCUUCACCGGGAGAUCAGUAACCUGACGUGGGACAGCACGAGGCUCGGCCACUACAGCAUGGAGAAGGACAGCCUGUCUGUGAAUGGAUACCCGCCAGCCCUCAGAGGAGGAGCAGAAGGGGUCGGCUAUGAGCUCGCCUUCACGGUCAUCAACCAGAACCUGACCCACACGGACCCGUCCUCUCCAGAAUACCAGCGUGUGAAGUCUGCCAUCGCCCACGAGUUAAAUCAACUCUUCCUCCGGAGUGCCAUCCGAAAUGGAUUCAACAUUUGCAAAGUAACUAGAAUGAGGUACGGCUCCAUUGUGGUCGAUUGCAAGUGCUACUUUGACCCGGCCACAAACACCAGCCAAGAGGUAGUCCGAGAGACGUUUCAGCAGGAGACGAGGAACGCCACGUCUCUGUGGCUGGGAAAGCAGUUCCAGCUCAAGGGCGUGACUGUGCGAGCUCCUGAAUCGGCUAUUGAGUCUGCCACUGCCGCCCUGCCGCUCCAACUCCAGCUGAAGAACUUUGCGGUCAAUUUCACCGUCACCAACCUGCCGUACGCAGGGGAAAUGGCAGAUCCCGACUCGGGUGUCUACUGGAAGACCAAAAUGAGUCUUGAGAGCGAGCUCCACCAGUUAUACCAACGCAGCGACCUGCAGAAGGAGUUUGUGCAGUGCUCUGUCAAGAGCUUCAGACCAACCGGCCAGCCUACCGAGACAGGGGUCGGCGGCGCCUGCACAUUUGCGAUGGAUUCGUCCACGAGGACUUUUGGCCGAGCUGUGGUGUAUGAUGCGUUUAGGAACUGGACGGGCAAUGCCACAGCGUUGGGGGUGUACACACUGGACAACGGAAGCCUGCUGGUCAGCGGUUAUCCUUCAACAGGGACCCCAGUGCACCACCAAGGAGGGUUACCUUUCUGGGCCAUCAUCCUUAUAAGUCUGUCUGCUCUCCUGGGCUUCCUCCUCCUCUUCCUCAUCUGCUUCCUGGUUGCCUUCUGUCUGCGGAAGAAAGGAGGGAAGUACCAAGUGCAGCAGGACGUCCUCGGUCUCUACUUCCCGCACUUGGACAUGAGGAAAGCACGGUGAUGUGCAGACUUUUGGCGGCCUUGACUCUCUGCGCCCCACGAGGUGGAGGUGGGGUAGCGGUCUCCUUUUGCACGCUCCUCCCACCGUCCGCAGCAAACAACUGUUUUGGCACAGCUGGAACAGACGUCUUGAUUAAGAAAUGAAUCACAACCAAUCAACGUUAGAGAGAGAGAUGGUUCCUGCAUUGCAGGGGGUUGGACUAGAUGACCCUUGUGGUCCCUUCCAGCCCUAUGAUUCUAUGACUAUUGAGCAUGCUCUAUGAGAUAUUUUGGACAUUGACCUCGGCGACCCUGAAGACUUCCGGAUUCAGAAGUGAGUGGAGUGGGGAAUGUCCGUUCUAAUUUAUUUAUUAAUGCACGGUGGACUUUCGAAUGUAAUUUUAAUAUAUAUAUAUGUAUGUAGCCACAGAUUAUUUAACUAUUUGUAGAAGGAUUCUGCCUGGGAUGCAGAUCAGUGUCAAGUCUUUCUCCCCCCGCCCCACAUUCUCUGAAACGUCCAGAGAUGCAUCAAAGGAAGUUUAGACUGUAUUGCACUUUUGAUUCCCUUAGAAUUUUGCUUUUCAUUCAUUCAGCCUUUGUUGGCAGAGCUUAGACAGUAGAAUCAGUUUUUUUAAAAUAAAAUAAAAACCAUCCAUAAAACAUUCAUAAUCUAGACAUAUUAAACUCAUAAAACAUGAUGAAAGACCCAGUAGCCACUAUUAAAUAAAUUAAGCAGUUUUAAAUUUGACACUAAAAAUCUCAGCUAAAUAUCUCGAAACAAUCUCAGCAUUUUGGGGAAUAUCAUCCCUCAGCAGAUAUUGUAUCUACUUGCAGAAACAAAUUCCGUUAAGCUUGGGGACUGGGAGAGCUCCUUCAGCUCAGGGGCCGGGCCCCCUCUUGGGGGAUCUUCCGAGGUUCCACAUACCGUUGGAGGGCCGAGCCGGGAGCAAAAAAAUAGGCGGGCCUAUGCUACUUACCUUUGUGCGGUAGGCUACACGCCGCCAGAACGAAGACUAGAGGUUUCUAUGUCUGGCCACUCCUCUUUCCGUCCUCCGUCCAGGCCAGCAGGAGGCAUUAUCACAGACACAUUUCCAGGCAGGCUAAAGCACUUAUAGAAGGUGGGGUGGAAGGUUAGUGAAGGAUGUGGCCUGACAAGAGAGCUGUGGCUCCGGAAAGACAACUGGGGCUGUGGUUUAGGAGAGAACCAGAUUCCAAAAUAAUAUAUAUUUGUAUGUCAGCGAUUGAUAUGAUGAUUGUUCUUUGUUUUCUAAAAUAUCUCAAUAUUUAAAAACGUUCUCGAUUUCUUACGAACCAAUCAAUAAACAGCAAGCUGAAAAACGAA